UCUGUUUUGGUGCAGCACCAGCACUCAGAGAGAGAGAUCAAUCAGAGAGCCGGACUGACUGAAUGGAGCCAGAGCCGAGCAGAGCAGACCGGACCAGAGCGGUACGGAGCAGAGCAUUGUGGUACGGAGCAGACCAGAGCAGAGCAGAACAGACAAAACAGAGCAGAGCAGAUGACUCAAUGAUCCGCCGAGACUUAUAUAGACUAUAUAAAGAAUGAGAGAGAGAGUGAGAGAGGAUCCGAGCACGUAGCUGCUUACAGACAGACAGGUACACACACAGACAGACAGACAGACAGAGAGAGACAAUAGGAAGAGAGAGACAGGCACACAGAUAUCAAUAGGAAGAGAGAGACAGGCACACAGAUAUCAAUAGGAAGAGAGAGACAGGCACACAGAUAUCAAUAGGAAGAGAGAGACAGGCACACAGAUAUCAAUAGGAAGAGAGAGACAGGCACACAGAUAUCAAUAGGAAGAGAGAGACAGGCACACAGAUAUCAAUAGGAAGAGAGAGACAGGCACACAGAUAUCAAUAGGAAGAGAGAGACAGACACACAGAUAUCAAUAGGAAGAGAGAGACAGGCACACAGAUAUCAAUAGGAAGAGAGAGACAGGCACACAGAUAUCAAUAGGAAGAGAGAGACAGGCACACAGAUAUCAAUAGGAAGAGAGAGACAGGCACACAGAUAUCAAUAGGAAGAGAGAGACAGGCACACAGAUAUCAAUAGGAAGAGAGAGACAGGCACACAGAUAUCAAUAGGAAGAGAGAGACAGGCACACAGAUAUCAAUAGGAAGAGAGAGACAGGCACACAGAUAUCAAUAGGAAGAGAGAGACAGGCACACAGAUAUCAAUAGGAAGAGAGAGACAGGCCACACAUAUAUCAAUAGGAAGAGAGACAGGCACACAGAUAUCAAUAGGAAGAGAGAGACAGGCACACAGAUAUCAAUAGGAAGAGAGAGACAGGACACACAGAUAUCAAUAGGAAGAGAGAGACGGCACACAGAUAUCAAUAGGAAGAGAGAGACAGGCACACAGAUAUCAAUAGGAAGAGAGACAGACACACAGAUAUCAAUAGGAAGAGAGAGACAGGCACACAGAUAUCAAUAGGAAGAGAGAGACAGGCACACAGAUAUCAAUAGGAAGAGAGAGACAGACACACAGAUAUCAAUAGGAAGAGAGAGACAGACACACAGAUAUCAAUAGGAAGAGAGACAGACACACAGAUAUCAAUAGGAAGAGAGAGAGACACACAGAUACCUAUACAGUGAGGGGAAAAAGUAUUUGAUCCCCUGCUGAUUUUGUAUGUUUGCCCACUGACAAAGACAUGAUCAGUCUAUAAUGUUAAUGGUAGGUUUAUUUGAACAGUGAGAGACAGAAUAACAACAAAAUAAUCCAGAAAAACACAUGUCAAAAAUGUUAUAAAUUGAUUUGCAUUUUAAUGAGGGAAAUAAGUAAUUAUCCACAACUCUCAAUCAGAAAGAUUUCUGGCUCCCAGGUGUCUUUUAUACAGGUAGCGAGCUGAGAUUAGGAGCACACUCUUAAAGGGAGUGCUCCUAAUCUCAGUUUGUUACCUGUUUAAAAAGACACCUGUCCACAGAAGCAAUCAAUCAAUCAGAUUCCAAACUCUCCACCAUGGCCAAGACCAAAGAGCUCUCCAAGGAUGUCAGGGACAAGAUUGUAGACCCACACAAGGCUGGAAUGGGCUACAAGACCAUCGCCAAGCAGCUUGGUGAGAAGGUGACAACAGUUGGUGCGAUUAUUCGCAAAUGGAAGAAACACAAAAGAACUGUCAAUCUCCCACGGCCUGGGGCUCCAUGCAAGAUCUCACCUUGUGGAGUUGCAAAGAUCAUGAGAACGGUGAGGAAUCAGCCCAGAACUACCGUAAUUUUCGGACUAUAAGCCGCGCCUUUUUUCCCAUUUUUCGACCCCUGCGGCUUAUAUAACGGUGCGGCUAAUCUAUGGAUUUUUACAGCUAACGGCCACUAGAAGACCUCCUAAAUCUAUGGAUUUUACAGGUUACAGUCCACCAACUUUAACUCUAUGGGCUCUAUGACCGGUCCGCGCCCCCCACCUUUAAGCGGCGGGCUCCAGCAGGAAAAGCUGGAGGCCGGAAAAGAGUGAGACAGGUAGCGCGCAAAAGUAAAAGUGGAACCGAGAGUGGUACGAGAGACAGAACGAGAGCAAGACAGACAGACAUUACGAGAGCGAGACAGUUUGUGCAAAGGAAGUUUUCAUGCACAAACCCUCAUUAUGGAAAACAAACGUAGAAAUGCAUAUGAUGCAGCUUUUAAGUUAAAGGCAGUCAAUCUGGCUGUAAAAGAAGGAAAUAGAGCUGCUGCACGUAGCCUUGGCAUCAAUGAGUCAAUGGUGAGACGUUGGAGACGCCAGCGGGAAGAACUGUCUCAAUGCAAAAAGUCAAAAAAAGCUUUCAGAGGUAAUAAAAGCAGAUGGCCCGAACUUGAAGACUUUCUUGAAGAUUGGGUGAACACACAGAGAGCAGACGGCCGAGGUGUUUCCACCGUGCAGAUCCGACUGAAAGCUGAAACAGUCGCCACCGAAAUGAAAAUUGAAAAUUUUAGAGGUGGACCAUCCUGGUGUUUCAGAUUUAUGAGACGAAAGGGACUCUCCAUCAGGGCGGCGGACGACUGUGUGUCAGCAACUCCCUCCCGACUACCAGGAAAAAAUAACAAACUUCGGCGAAUUCACACAAAGAAUGAUAGAGGAAUAUUCCAUCGGACCGGACCAGAUCAUAAAUAUGGAUGAAGUGCCUUUGACGUUUGACCUGCCUCUCACUAGGACUGUUAACAAGAAAGGUGAAUCGUCCAUCACGUUGAGAACCACUGGCCACGAGAGAACGAAUUUCACUUGUGUUCUUGGCUGCACAGCAUCUGGAUUAAAGCUUCCGCCAAUGGUGAUUUUUAAGAGGAUUACAAUGCCAAAAGAAAAGAUCCUGAACGGCAUCUCCUUUAAAGUCAACAAGAAAGGGUGGAUGAUGGAAAGCGUAAUGAAUGAGUGGCUGAAUGAGUGCUACGUCAAGCGCUCUGGAGGAUUAUUUCGCCAAAAAAAAGCUUUGCUCGUUUUGGACAGCAUGAGGGCCCAUAUAACGGAUUAUGUGAAAGCAGCCAUCAAGAGCACAAACUCGAUUCCAGCUGUGAUUCCUGGGGGCACAACGAAGCAUCUGCAGCCACUCGACAUCAGUGUCAAUCGUGCGUUCAAAGUGGCACUACGCGUUCAGUGGGAGGCGUGGAUGACUAGCGGCGAUAAAUCAUUCACCAAAACUGGUCGCAUGCGAAAAGCAACAUUCGCUCAAGUUUGCGAGUGGAUCCUGAUAGCGUGGAGGAGUGUCAAAACAUCCACGAUCAUUAACGGGUUCCGAAAGGCUGGACUGCUGCGUGAUGAAGAGGAGGACGCCGCCACAGCUGAGGCCCUUCAGAGUCUGUUCGAUUCCGACAGUGACGAAGAGGAGGAGUUCGUUGGUUUUGAGAGCGUCAACGAAGGAGAGAGGAGAGUGGCUGACGAAGCCACCCUGAGCCUGUUCGUUUCCGACACUGAAGAUGAGGACUUUGGUGGUUUUAGUACGCAGGAAGAAGACGGAGAUGAGGAUUAAUGACUUGACUUUUCUGGUUACAGCAGUGUACUGCACCUUAGCCUAAAAGAUGAAGACGAGGAUUAAUGACUUUUCUGGUAGGCUGAUUACCGUAUAUUUUAAGCAGCCGUGUUGCUGCAACUUUAAGUUUACGCGCUUACUGUCGUGUUACAGGCACUUUAUUUUGCACUUUAAAAAAAACACAUUUAAUUUAGCCAUUGAUAUUGCCUCGUCAAGCGCUGUAAGCUUAGUUUUUUGUUAUGGUACUACUGUAGGCUAUAAUGUAGAUAAAUAUUCAAAGAUGAGCACACUUUUUCAAGGUUUUUCAAAAAUAACCAAAGUUAAGUGGUUAAAUGAUUGUGACGCUAUUAACUAAUUUUGCUGGAAUACGUUAUGCAAAUAUGCAACUUGUUUGUUGAAAUGUUAAUAAAUGGGAGCUUCCUCAAGCAGCCAUCUCUUUCCCGACAAUCCCCUCUGUGCACGAACCCUUACAUAUGGUAAUUAAACAUUAAAACACCUGCGGCUUAUAGUCCAGUGCGGCUUAUAUAUGUACACAUCAUUCAAUAUCAUUCAAUUUAGCUGCUGCGGCUUAUACUCCGGUGCGCCUUAUAGUGCGGAAAAUACGGUACACGGGAGGAUCUUGUCAAUGAUCUCAAGGCAGCUGGGACCAUAGUCACCAAGAAAACAAUUGGUAACACACUACGCCGUGAAUGACUGAAAUCCUGCAGCACCCGCAAGGUCCCCCUGCUCAAGAAAGCACAUAUACAGGGCCAUCUGAAGUUUGCCAAUGGACAUCUGAAUGAUUCAGAGGAGAACUGGGUGAAAGUGUUGUGGUCAGAUGAGACCAAAAUCGAGCUCUUUGGCAUCAGCCAGUCUCCAGACCUUAAUCCCAUAGAAAAUCUGUGGAGGGAGCUGAAGGUUUGAGUUGCCAAACGUCAGCCUCGAAACCUUAAUGACUUGGAGAAGAUCUGCAAAGAGGAGUGGGACAAAAUCCCUCCUGAGAUGUGUGCAAACCUGGUGGCCAACUACAAGAAACGUCUGACCUCUGUGAUUGCCAACAAGGGUUUUUCCACCAAGUACUAAGUCAUGUUUUGCAGAGGGGUCAAAUACUUUUUUUUUUUUUACAUGCGUUUUUCUGGAUUUUUUUGUUGUUAUUCUGUCUCUCACUGUUCAAAUAAACCUACCAUUAAAAUUAUAGACUGAUCAUUUCUUUGUCAGUGGGCAAACGUACAAAAUCAGCAGGGGAUCAAAUACUUUUUUCCCCUCACUGUAGGAAGAGAGAGACAGACAGUUUGAACACAGGAUAUUUUAUUUAUGGCCAUAACAACAUCCCAGCAGCAGGGAAGAUGGACACAGGCCAUCGUAGACAGACAAACAGACAGAGCCAGGCGAGGUGGACUGAGGGAGAGAUAGGGUUAACGACAGGGAUUUUAGUUUAGUGCAAAGUUAGAGGGAAAGAAUAGUAAGACAAUUUGAGCUAAUUUUGCUUUUUACCACCAGUCUUACAAUGUGUUACAAUAACGUAAACAGACCCCACGUCUCCACAGAGGACAUGAUCCCAGUUAAAUGAUACCCUUCAGGGAGUAGGUCGGGCUAUGCAUUCCUGAGCACCUCAAACUAACAAAGGCAUUCCCCCACAAAACCAACCCUGCUACUGUUAAGUUAGGACCAACCAAUCCCGCUAUAGUUAGUCUCAUUUCACAGUCACUGCGCCUCCAGUACAGACCAUUAUAGUGGGCCUGUAUUGGGCCUGAAAGGGAAAUAGCUUCCCAUCUGUCUAGUUGUUCCAGUGAAGGAGGGAGCUUCUUGUUGUGCAGGUCAAGGUAGUCUGUGGAGGCCUAGGCUACGUACAGUUCAGUCAACUUCAACUCUCUCACUCCUCCUCCCUCACUUCCUGAACCCUUUGCCUCCUCUUACUGAGAGAAGUGACAAAAUGUGUGAUGAGCUGUACUGUAGAGGAUUACGUUACACACACAGUUGGAUAAUUAGAGCGCAUACAGAGUCACUCUGGCCGAGUCGCUCUCGCUCCUCCUCUUCUCUCUCUCUCUUCUCGAGUCGCUCUCACGCUCGCCUCUCCCUCUCUCUCUCUCCCCUCUCUCUCUCUCUCCCUCUCCGCGUCUCUCCUCGCUCUCUCUCUCGCUUCGCUCUUCCCCCGGCUCAUCCCCCUCUGCUCUCUCCUCCUCUCCUCUCACUCUCCGCCGUCGCUCUCUGCUCAACUCGCUCUCUCUCUUCUCCUCUUCUCCCUCUCUCCCGAGUCCUCAUCUCAGCUCUCUCUCUCUCUCCGGUCGCUCUCAUCUCCUCCUCCUCUCUCUCUCCGCUCCUCUUCUCACUCUCCUUCCUCUCUUGCCUCGUCUCUCACUCUCCUCUCUCUCUCCUCUCUCUCUCUCUACUCUGAGUCGCUUCGCUCUCUCUCGCUCCUCGCUCUCUCUCUCUCUCUCUCUCUCCGAUCACUCUCUCUCCUCCUCUCUCUCUCUCUCCUCUUCGCUCCUCGCUCUCUCCUCCUCUCUCUCUCUCCGAGUCGCUCUCCCGCUCUUCCUCUCUCCCGCUUCGCUCUCGCUCGCCUCUCUCCGCUCCCAUCUCUCCUCGCUCUCUCUCUCUCUCUCCCGUAGUCGCUCUCCCACCUCUCUCCCGUCUCUCCUCUCUCCUCUCUCUCUCCUCUUCGCUCUCGCUCUCCCUCCCUCUCGUCUCUCAUUCUGUUCUCUCUCUAUUUCUCUCUCACAUCUCUCUCAUCUCCCUCUCCUCUCCUCUGUCUCUCCUAGUCUCUCUCGCUCUCGCUCUCUCUCCUCCGUCGUCUCUCUUCUCUCCGCUUCUCUCUCCGCACCUUCCGCUCUCUCCUCCUCUCCGUCCUCUCACUCUCCGCUUCGCUCUCCUUGCCUCUCUCUCUCUCUCCUUAUCCGAGCUCUCUCCCCCCUCCGCUCUCUCUCUCUCUCCGAGUCGCUCUCUCUCUUCUCUCUCUAUUCGCUCUCUCUCUCACUCUCUCUCCGAUUCUCUCUCGCUCUCCCUCCUCUCUCCUCUCUCUCUCUCCGCGGUCGCCUCAACGGCCCGCCCUCUCUCACAGGCCGCUCCUCCCUCUCUUCCUCUCUCUCGUCCGUCUCUCUUCGCUCCUCCAUCUCUCUCCGAGUCGCUCCCUUCUCUUCUCCACUCCUCUCUCCGCUUCUCUCCCUCCCGCCUCUCCCUCUCCGAGUCUCUCUCCGAGUCUCUCUCCGAGUCUCUCUCGCUCUCUCCGAGUCUCUCGUCUUCUCUCUCCGAGUCUCUCCGAGUCGCCGUCCUGCUCUCGUCUCGCUCUCUCUCCGAGUCUCUCUCCGCUUUCUCUCUCUCACUUCUCUCCCUAGUCUCUCCGAGUCGCUCUCGACUCUCUCCGAGUCUCUCCGAGUCGCUCUCUCCGAGUCGCUCUCUCUCUCUCCCGAGCUCUCUGCUAGCUCUCUCUCUCUCCCUCUCCCUCCUCCGAUCGCCCUCCCCCCUCCAGCUCUCCUCGUGCCUCUCUCUCUCUCCUCUCCCUCGUCGCUCUCGUCUCUCUCUCGUCAUCUCUUCCCUAUUCGCUCUCGCUCUCCUCUCCUAUUCUCUCUCCGCGUCGCUCCUCUCUCUCUCUCUCUCCGAGUCUCUCCUCGUCACUCUCCCGCGUCUCUCUCCGAUUCUCUCCGCCUAGUCUCUCCCGUUCUCUCUCAGGGUCUCGCUCUCACCUCUCCUAUCUCUCUUCACUCUUCCUCUUCUUCCCCCUCUCUCUCUCUCUCACCGCGCUCUCCCGCGUCUCUGCUCUUCCUCUUCUCUCCGAGUCCUCUCCGCGUCGCUCUCCGCUCCCCGCUCCUCGCUCCUCUCCUCACUCGCUCGUCUCCGAGUCUCUCCCGAGUCUGCUCUCAUCUCUCAAAUCCGCGGUCCUCCUAGUCGCCUCUCCCCGUCUCUCGCUCUCUUCCCCUCUGCUCGAGUCCUCUUCUAUCUCUCCGAGUCUCUCUUUCUCUCGCUCUCCCUCCCUCACCCCUCCGAGUCUCUCUCCGAGUCUCUCUCCUGAGGCUCUCAUCUUCUCCGCUCUCCGAUUCUCUCCCCAGUCUCUCUCCGAGUCGCUCCUCUCCGAGUCCCCUCGUCUCUCUCCGAUUCGCUCUCCGCCUCACCGAUCGCUCCCUCGCUCUCUCCUCACUCCUCCCCGAUUCUCUUCAUAUCCUCUUCCUCCUCUUCGCCCUCGUCUCUUCAGAGUCCUCACUCCGCUCUCCCCGAGUUCUCUCUCAAGUCUGCUCGCUCUCUCAGAGUCUCUCUCCGAGUCUCUCUCGGAGUCUCUCUCGCUCUCUCCGAGUCUCUCUCGCUCUCUCUCUCUCGCUUCGAGUCUCUCAGUCUGAGUCUGAAUCUCUUUCGCUCUCUGAGUCCGAGACUCAAAUUCAAGCUACUUUGUUGGCAUGAAAAACAUUGCGUCAAUAUUGCCAAAGCAACAAUGUAGACAAUAGACACUGUAAUAAAAUGUUAGUAAAUAACAAUAAGAAUUAAAACAAAAAAAAAGUAUCUCAUGAAAGGAAUGAGGGGGCUGAGAUUGAAUCAUCCAGUUGUAGACUGUUGAAUGGUUUGGUUAGUCAUAGAGCAGCACCUGUUACCAUAUGAACAUACCGUAUCAAGUCUGAUCUGUGCUGUGACACACCCGUACACGUCUGUUGGAGGUGACUCAGACUCAUGUUUGCACUAGCGGGGUGGGUGAAAAUAUGGGUUUGUGUAAAGCAGCUCCUGCCUCCCACCUUAGUAGCAAGAUUUCCUUUGUGAUGUAGGGUGUUGUUUCCUAUUCUAAUCUACAGAAUGAGGAUGCGUCCCAAUGGCAAAAGCCCUAUCCCUAUAUAGUGCACUACUUUAUACCAUAGAAGCAGCAACCCUAAUUCCCUAUAUAUGCACUAGCUCUACUUUAGACCAGAGAAGAAUGGCACCCUAUUCCCUAUAUAGUGGCACUACUUUAGACCAAGAAAUGGACAUGGCACCCUAUUCCCGAUCUAGGUGCACUUCUUUAUACCCGAGAAGGCCAUAACACCCUAUUUUCCUAUAUAGUAAAAACUACUUUAGACGCAUAUAUAUGUCACCCCUAUUCCCUGUAUAGUGCACUUUACUUUAGACCCAGAUAAUGGCACCCUAUUCCCUAUAUAGUGCACUACUUUAGACCAGAGCAGGCACCCUAUUCCCUAUAAGUGCACUACUUUAGACCAGAGAAUGGCACCCAUCUCCUAUAUAGUCACUACUUUAAGACCAUAGAAGCCGCACCCUAUUCCCUAUAUAGUGCACUACUUUAGGACCAGAGAAUGGUCAACCCUAUUCCCUGUCAUAGUGCACUACUUUAGGACCAGAGAAUGGCACCCCUAUUCCCUAUAUAGAGUAGUGGCACUACUUUAGACCAGAGAAUGGCACCCGACUAUUUCCCCUAUUAUUGGCAGCUACUUUCGACCAGAGAAUGGCACCGCUAUUCCCUAUAUAAGUGCACCUACUUUAGACAGAGAUGGCAACCCUAUCCCUAUAUCGUGCACCUACUUUGAGAGCCAGAGAUGGCACCCUAUUCCCAUCUAUUGCAACUACUUAUAGACCAGAAUGGACCCUAUCCCUAUAUAGUACAACUACGUUUAGUAGACCAGAGAAUGGACCCUAUUCCCUAUAUAGUGCACUACUUAAGAACGCAGAUACUGUGUCACCCCCCUAUUCCCUAUAUAGUGCCACUACUUUAGACCUAGAGAAUUGCACCGAUUCCCCUAUAUAUGUCAACUACUUUAGACCAGACCAGAGAGCACCCCUAUUUCUCCUAUAUAGUACCACUACUUUAGAACCAGAGAAAUGGCACCCUAUUCCCUAUAGAGUAAUCACCUAACUUUAGAACUCAGAGAAUGGCACCCUAUUCCCUAUAUGUACACUCUUUUAGACAGAGAAUGGCACCCAUUCCCUUUAUAGUGCACUAACUUUAGACCAGAGAUGGCACCCUAUUCCCUAUAUAGUACACGACUUUGACAUAGAAAAUGGCAACCCUAUUCCCCUAUAUAGUGCACUACUUUAGACAGAGAAUGGCACCCCCUAUUCCCUAUAAUAGUGCACUAACUUUGACCAGAGAUGGCACCGCCCUAUUCCUAUAUAGUGUCCUACUUUAGGACCGAGAAUGGCACCCAUUUUCCCUAUAUAGUACACUAACUUUAGACAAGAGAAUUGCACCUAUUCCCUAUAUAGUGGCACUACUUUAAGAGACCCAGGACAUUGCACCCUAUUCCCUAUAUAGUGCCCUACUUGUAGACCAGAGAAUGGCACCCUAUUUCCCUAUAUAGUGCACUAUCUUUAACCAAGAAUGGCACACCCGUAUUUUCCCUAUAUCGUGCACACUUUGACCAGAGAAUGCACCCUAUUCCCUAUAUAGGGCACUACUUUAGACCAGAUGAACGGCACCCCCUAUUCCCUAUAUGUGUCCUACGUUAGACCAAGAACCGGCACCCUAUUCCUAUAUAGUGGCCCUACUUUUAGACCAGAGAAUGGCCACCUAUUUCCCUAUAAGUACACUAGACUCUUUUGACCAGGGUCCAUAAGGUAGCUUCAAUCCCUCCCUCCUCGCUCCCUCUGUCCACCCUCCCUCAGUCUCUCCCCAUCUCUGUCCACCCUCCCUCAGUCUCUCCCCAUCUCUGUCCACCCUCCCCUCUCGGCACUGGCAACCUGCCCUUUCUCUCCCAGAGACUAUCAGAUCAGUUAGACAGCGCCCCGGACACAAAGAGAACCUGACAGGGAUCCAUCCUCCUAAGCUCUGCUGGCCAACUGGUGACGGGACAACACACACAAAACCAAAAACAAACCAAACAAAACACACACACACACACACACCACCACAAUCAACACACACUCGGAUCACACACACACAGAUUACCAGAGCUCAACACACCGAUAUAUUCCCAUGCUAGAUGAUAUAAUUUUUCCCAAUGGCUAUAGAAAAGCUAACCUCUUGUUUACAGCAUGAAGAUUCAGAGUGGCCUGUUUUCCUGUCUGGUUCACAGGAUCGUUACACUGAUGGAACAAGCUCUCUCCUCCCUCCUCCCUGCUCCCUCCUCCCUGCUUCUUCUUUCUUCUCCUCCUCCCUGCUUCUCCUCCUCCUCCCUGCUUUCCUUCUUUCCUCUCCCUCCUCCCUGCUCCCUCCUCCCUGCUCCCUGCUUCUUCCUCCCUCCUCCCUGCUCCCUCCUCCCUGCUCCCUGCUUCUUCCUCCUCCCUCCUCCCUGCUCCCUCCUCCUUCCUCCUCCCUCCUCCCUGCUUCCUCCUCCCUCCCUCCUCCCUUCUUCUCUUCUUUUCUUCUUUCUUUCUUCUCCUCCUCCCAUCCCUCCCUGCCUUCUUCUUCCUCCUCCUCCCUCCUCCCUGCUUCUUCCUACCUCCUCCCUGCUUCUUCCUCCUCCCUCCUCCCUGCUUCUUCCCCUUCUUCCUCCUCCCUCCUUCUUUCCUCCUCCCCUCCCUUCUUCUUUUUUAUCUCUGCUUCUCUCCUUCCUCUCCCUCAUCCCUCCUCCCUUCUUCUCUUUCUUCCCUCCUCCUCCUCCCUUCUUCUUCCCCUCCCCCCAUCCUCCCUGCUUCUUCCUCUCCUCCCCUCCUCCCUGCUUCUUCCCUCCUCCCUUCUUCUUUCCCUUCUUUCUUCCUCCUCCUCCCCCCCCUCCUCCCUUCUUCCUUUCCUCCUUCCUUCCCUCCUCCCUGCUCCCCUCCUCCUGCUUCCCUAUCCCUUCUUCUUCUUUCUUCCGCCCUGCUUCUUCUUCUUUCCCCUCCCUUCUCUUUCUCUUUCUUCUCCCUUGCUCUUUCUUCUCACUUCCUCUUCCUCCCUCCUCCCUCUCCCUCACCCCUGCUCCCUUCUUCCUUCUUUUCCCUCCCUCCCUCCUCCCUUUCUCCCUUGCUUCUUCCUCCUUCCCUUUUUCCUGCUUCUUCUCCUCUCCCUCCUCCCUUCUUCCUCCCCCUCCCUCCUCCCUCCCCUGCUCCCUGCUCUUCCUCUUGCCUCCCCCUCCCCUCCUUCCCUGCUUCUAUUUCUAUCUCCCCUCCUUUUCUUCUUCCUCCUCCUCCCUCCUCGCCUGCCUUCUUCUUCCUCUUCCUCUCCUCCUCCUCACCUCCUCCCUUCUUCUCCCCUCCUCCCUCCCUCCCUGCUCCCUCCUCCCUUCUUCUUCUUCUUCCUCUCCCUCCUCCAUUCUUCCUUCCUCCUCCCUCCCUCCCUGCUUUGCUUCUCCUCCCUCCCUCCCUUCUUCUUCCUCCUCCUUCCUCCCUCCUCCCCUCCUGCUUCUUUUCCAUCCUCCCUUCUUCUUCCCCUUCCUCCUCCUCCCAUCCUCCACUGCUUCUUCUUUCUUCCUUCCUCCCUCCCUGCUUCUUCCUCCUCCUCCCUCCUCCCUGCUUCUUCCUCCUCCCUCCUCCCUGCUUUCUUUCCUCUGUCCUCCUCCUUUUCCCUCCUCCCUCCUCCCUGCUUCUUUCUUCUUUUUCCUCCUCUCCCUCCUCCCUUCUUCUUUGUCUUCCUCCUCCCCUCCUCCCUCCCUCCCUUCUUUCUUUUCUUUCUUUCUCUUCUUCCUCCUCCCUUCUUCUAUCUUCUUCUCCUCCUCCCUCCUCCCUACCUCCCUCCUCCCUCUUCUUCCCUCCUCCCUCCCUCCUCCCUUCUUCUUUCCUCCUCCCUCCCCCUCCUCCCUGCUUCUUCUUCUUUCCUCCUCCUCUCUCCCUCCCUGCUUCUUCUAUCCUCUUCCUCCUCCUUCCCUGUCUUCUUCCUCUUUCCUCCCUCCUCCUCCCUCCCUGCUCCCUCCUCCUCCCUCCUCCCUCAUUCAAUCCCCUCAGGCUUCAUAUUCUGAUUAAAGCAUUUUGGUCAACAGAAAACACACUAACAGGCCAAGGUCACACAACUCAAAUGGAAUGACUUAACACUGGGAUUUAUAAUGAACCUCCAUGUCUCCAAACACAUUGAAGGCUGUCCAACUAGAAACCUGAACCUAAGACAGUCAUGUCAGCACAUGUAGGAUACUGCAGGCAGAAUAGCAACCUGGAGGAGACAGACAGACGGGAGAAAGACAGAAUAGCAACCUGCCAUUUCUAUUUCUGGGCCUUUUAUUAAAUACAAAAAUAGUUUACAAGUAAGCUCUGUGUGUGCACUAUGAUGUAACCUGUGCAUAUACCAUUACAAUUUGAUUUGUAAAGUAUAGAACAAAACAUGCUACUUGUAUGCUUCAACUAUAGUCACAAUGUCUCCUAUUGCAUAGCCUAGGUCUAUAUCAGUUUUAUUUUGAGUUCACUGGCACUGCAGUUGUGACUGUGGCUCGCUCCCCUUGUCCCCUGAUAGAGACAGAGCCGUGCACCAAACAGGAUGGAAAACGUCAGCUAUUCUGCAUUGCAUUAAUCCGAUGUGAGCGCUAUCAGCAAAUGCCGAAACACGUGACGCAACUCUCCUGAUAAACGUAGAAGCACAUUUAUAAAAUGGCUGACCUCCUGCAGAACAGAGCUACAGCUGGAUUUUCUCCUCAUUCCAUGACUGUAUACAAUGAAUGAAUGUGUCACAAAUGGCGCCCUAUACAAUGCACUACUCUUGACCAGGGAAAUAGGGUGACAUUUGGAAUGCACACAAUGUAAUAGCAGAACUGGAGUAGUCGUUGUGUUUCUGUAAGUAAAGGGAAUGUCUAGUUACCUGCCAUGUUUUCAGACUGACUAGUAAUGGAGGUGAAGAAGGAACAAAGAAAGAACCAGCAGGGUAAACCCAGUAGUCUAAAUCAUUACAGCCCAGUCGUCUAAAUCAUUACAGCCCAGUCGUCUAAAUCAUUACAGCCCCUUCGUCUAAAUAUUACAAACGCCCAGUAGUCCCUAAAUCAAUUACAGCUCGAGCUAGCCCAUUAGUCUAAAUCAUUACAGGCCCAGUAGUCCAAAUCAUUACAUCCCAGUAGUCUAAAAUCAUUACAGCCCAGUCUCUCAAAUCAUUACAGCCCCUUCGGUCUAAAGCAUUACAAGCCCAGAGUCUAAAUCAUUACAAAGCCCAGUAGUCUAAUCAUUAACACAAGCCCAGUAGUCUACAUCAUUACAGCCGGCCCAAUAGCUAAAUCAUUACAAACAAGCAGCCCAGUAGUCUAAAUCAUUAGCAAAGCCCAGUAUCUAAAUCAUUAAAGCCCAGUAGUCUAAAUCAUUACAGCCCCAGUCGUCUAAAUUCCAUUACAGCCCAGUCGUCUACCAAUCAUUACAAGCCCCAAGUCGUCUAAAUCAUUACAGCCCAGUAGUCUAAAUCAUUUACCGCCCAGUAGUCUAUAAAUCAUUACAGCCCAGUAGUCUAAAUCAUUACAGCCCAGUAGUCUUUCUAAAUCAUUACAGCCCCAGUCGUGUCUAAAUCAUUUACAGGCCCAGUCGUACUAAAUCACUUACAGCCCAGUAGUCUUAAAUCAUUACAGCCCAGUAGUUCUAAAAUCAUUACAGCCCCAGUAGUCUAAUCAUUACAGCCCAGUUAGUCUAAUCAUUACAGCCCAAGUAGUCUACACUCAUUACAGCCCGUAGGUCUAAUCAUUACAGCCCAGUAGUCAUAAAUUCAUUACAGGCCCAGGUAGUCUAAAUUCAUUACAGCCCAGUAGUCCUUAAAUUCAUUACAGGCCCUAGUAGUCUAAAUUCCUUACAGCCCAGUAGUCUAAUCAUUAAAGCCCCCACGUAGUCUAACUCAGACAGAUCCAGUAGUCUUAAUCAUACAGCCCAGUAGUCUAAAUCAUUACAGCCCAGUUAGUCUAAAUCAUUACAGCCCCAGUAGUCUAAAUUAAUUACAGACCCAGUAGUCUAAAUCAUUACAGCCCAGUAGUCUAAUCAUUACAGCCCAGUCGUCUAAAUCAUUACAGCCCAGUAGGUCUAAAUCAUUACAGCCCAGUAGUCUAAAUCAUUACAGCCCAGUAGUCAAAUCAUAAGCCCAGUAGUCUAAAUCAUUACCGCCCAGUAGUCUAAAUCAUUACAGCCCAGUAGUCUAAAUCAUUACAGCCCCAGUAGUCUAAAUCAUUACAGCCCAUAGUCUAAAUCAUUACAGCCCAGUAGUCUAAAUCAUUACAGCCCAGUAGUCUAAAUCAUUACAGCCAGUAGUCUAAAUCAUUACAGCCCAGUAGUCUAAAUCAUUUACAGCCCAGUAGUCUAAACCAUUACAGCCCCAGUAGUCUAAAUCAUUACCAGCCCAGUAGUCUAAUCAUUACAGCCCAGUAGUCUAAAUCAUUACAGCCCAUUAGUCUAAAUCAUUUAACAGCCCAGUAGUCUAAAUCAAUUACAGCCCAGUAGUCUAAAAUCAUUUACAGCCCAUUAGUCUAAAUCAUUACAGCCCAGUAGUCUAAAUCAUUACAGCCCAGUAGUCUAAAUCAUUACAGCCCCAGUAGUCUAAAUCAUUACAGCCCCAGUAGUCUAAAUCAUUACAGCCCAGUAGUCUAAAUCAUUACAGUCCAGUAGUCUAAAUCAUUACAGCCCAGUAGUCUAAAUCAUUACAGCCCAGUAGUCUAAACAUUACAGCCCAGUAGUCUAAAUCAUUACAGUCCAGUAGUCUAAAUCAUUACAGCCCAGUAUAGUCUAAUCAUUACAGCCAGUAGUCUAAAUCAUUACAGCCAGUAGUCUAAAUCAUUACAGCCCAGUAGUCUAAAUCAUUACAGCCCAGUAGUCUAAAUCAUUACAGCCCAGUAGUCUAAAUCAUUACAGCCCAGUAGUCUAAAUCAUUACAGCCCAGUAGUCUAAUCAACACCGUAGUCUAAUCAUUACAGCCCAGUAGUCUAAUCAUUACAGCCCAGUAGUCUAAAUCAUUACAACCCAGUAGUCUAAAUCAUUACAGCCCAGUAGUCUAAAUCAUUACAGCCCAGUAGUCUAAAUCAUUACAGCCCAGUAGUCUAAAUCAUUACAGCCCAGUAGUCUAAAUCAUUACAGCCCAGUAGUCUAAACCAUUACAGCCCAGUAGUCUAAACGAUUACAGCCCAGUAGUCUAAACUCAUUACAGCCCAGUAGUCUAAAUCAUUACAGCCCAGUAGUCUAAAUCAUUACAGCCCCAAGUAGUCUAAAUCAUUACAGCCCAGUAGUCUAAAUCAUUACACCCCAGUAGUCUAAAUCAUUACAGCCCAGUAGUCUAAAUCAUUACAGCCAGCCAGUAGUCUAAAUCAUUACAGCCCAGUAGUCUAAAUCAUUACAGCCCAGUAGUCUAAAUCAUUACAGCCCAGUAGUCCAGUAGUCUAAAUCAUUACAGCCCAGUAGUCUAAAUCAUUACAGCCCAGUAGUCCAGUAGUCUAAAUCAUUACAGUCCAGUAGUCUAAAUCAUUACAGCCCAGUAGUCUAAAUCAUUACAGCCCAGUAGUCUAAACCAUUACAGCCCAGUAGUCUAAAUCAUUACAGCCCAGUAGUCUAAAUCAUUACAGCCCAGUAGUCUAAAUCAUUACAGCCCAGUAGUCUAAAUCAUUACAGCCCAGUAGUCUAAAUCAUUACAGCCCAGUAGUCUAAAUCAUUACAGCCCAGUAGUCUAAAUCAUUACAGCCCAGUAGCCCUAAAUCAUUACAGCCCAGUAGUCUAAAUCAUUACAGCCCAUUUCAGUCUAAAUCAUUACAGCCCAGUAGUCCAGUAGUCUAAAUCAUUACAGCCCAGUAGUCUAAAUCAUUACAGCCCAGUAGUCUAAACAUUACAGCCAGUAGUCUAAAUCAUUACAGCCCAGUAGUCUAAAUCAUUACAGCCCAGUAGUCUAAAUCAUUACAGCCCAGUAGUCUAAAUCAUUACAGCCCAGUAGUCUAAAUCAUUACAGCCCAGUAGUCUAAAUCAUUACAGCCCAGUAGUCUAAAUCAUUACAGCCCAGUAGUCUAAAUCAUUACAGCCCAGUAGUCUAAAUCAUUACAGCCCAGUAGUCUAAAUCAUUACAGCCCAGUAGUCUAAAUCAUUACAGCCCAGUAGUCUAAAUCAUUACAGCCCAGUAGUCUAAAUCAUUACAGCCCUAGUAGUCUAAAUCAUACAGCCCCAGUAGUCUCAAAUCAUUACAGCCCAGUAGUCUAAAUCAUUACAGCCCGUAUCAAAUUCAUUACAGCCCAGUAGUCUAAAUCAUUACAGCCCAGUAGUCUAAAUCAUUACAGCCCAGUAGUCUAAAUCAUUACCGAUGCUGGGGGAACAAAAAACAAAACAUUUAAUCUGUACUUUGUGUCUCUAAAAAUCAGAAUGUUUCCAUGUUUAUUGUCAUGUGAUAGUGUUUUAAUUGAAAUUACCAAAUGUCUCCCUUUUACCAGAUCCAAAUAUCUCCGCAUGAACUGUUUAUUUAUUGUAUUCCAAAAUAUAAUCUUCUCUCCAUAUGAACUGAUGUAUAUUAGACCAUAGACUAAAGGACAGCUACAUGACUUCAUGAAAAGGCAGCAAACAGACACAUUGUUCCACUUUCUUUAAUAAAAAGACUCCAACAGAUCCAGUUUCCCUCCAAAUAGGCUUACAAGGAAACUUGAUGAUGUAUGCUUAUCAUGAUAACUAUCACCAAUCAACAUAAAAGGAUCAGAGGUAGUUAUGAUACAACCCACCAAGGUUUGGCUCAACCACUAUUCCAUUAAUCAUCAUCCCUAAUCAUCCCAAAUAUUGAGCAGCCUUUUUGUUCAAUAAAAAGCUAAAAAACUAAAAUACAAUCAUUCAUAACCAUUCAAAUGGAUAGGCAGAGAGCAGCACUAUAGAUUCUCUGGGAAAAUAAUAAUAACCGAUUAUUCUCAAUAGCAUCCCACUCACUCCCACUGCUGCAGCGCUGUGAGAGGUUCUGAUGCAGGAAAGAGCAGAGAAAGCAUUCCCUCCCAGAUAACAACUACUAGCUAGUAGGCUACACAUUACGUACCAGGAGAUGACACACUGUUGCAAAGCCUUCCUUCUCAUGGUCCUGGUCCUGUGUGUGAUACCCAUCACCUUCCUUCCCAUGGUCCUGGUCCUGUGUGUGAUACCCAUCACCUUCCUUCUCAUGGUCCUGGUCCUGUGUGUGAUACCCAUCACCUUCCUUCCCAUGGUCCUGGUCCUGUGUGUGAUACCCAUCACCUUCCUUCUCAUGGUCCUGGUCCUGUGUGUGAUACCCAUCACCUUCCUUCUCAUGGUCCUGGUCCUGUGUGUGAUACCCAUCACCUUCCUUCCCAUGCCUGGUCCUGUGUGUGAUACCCAUCACCUUCCUUCCCAUGGUCCUGGUCCUGUGUGUGAUACCCAUCACCUUCCUUCCCAUGGUCCUGGUCCUGUGUGUGAUACCCAUCACCUUCCUUCUCAUGGUCCUGGUCCUGUGUGUGAUACCCAUCACCUUCCUUCCCAUGGUCCUGGUCCUGUGUGUGAUACCCAUCACCUUCCUUCCCAUGGUCCUGGUCCUGUGUGUGAUACCCAUCACCUUCCUUCCCAUGGUCCUGGUCCUGUGUGUGAUACCCAUCACCUUCCUUCCCAUGCCUGGUCCUGUGUGUGAUACCCAUCACCUUCCUUCCCAUGCCUGGUCCUGUGUGUGAUACCCAUCACCUUCCUUCCCAUGGUCCUGGUCCUGUGUGUGAUACCCAUCACCUUCCUUCCCAUGCCUGGUCCUGUGUGUGAUACCCAUCACAUUCCUUCUCAUGCCUGGUCCUGUGUGUGAUACCCAUCACCUUCCUUCCCAUGCCUGGUCCUGUGUGUGAUACCCAUCACCUUCCUUCUCAUGGUCCUGGUCCUGUGUGUGAUACCCAUCACCUUCCUUCCCAUGGUCCUGGUCCUGUGUGUGAUACCCAUCACCUUCCUUCCCAUGGUCCUGGUCCUGUGUGUGAUACCCAUCACCUUCCUUCUCAUGGUCCUGGUCCUGUGUGUGAUACCCAUCACCUUCCUUCUCAUGGUCCUGGUCCUGUGUGUGAUACCCAUCACCUUCCUUCCCAUGCCUGGUCCUGUGUGUGAUACCCAUCACCUUCCUUCCCAUGCCUGGUCCUGUGUGUGAUACCCAUCACCUUCCUUCCCAUGGUCCUGGUCCUGUGUGUGAUACCCAUCACCUUCCUUCCCAUGCCUGGUCCUGUGUGUGAUACCCAUCACCUUCCUUCUCAUGGUCCUGGUCCUGUGUGUGAUACCCAUCACCUUCCUUCCCAUGGUCCUGGUCCUGUGUGUGAUACCCAUCACCUUCCUUCCCAUGGUCCUGGUCCUGUGUGUGAUACCCAUCACCUUCCUUCCCAUGCCUGGUCCUGUGUGUGAUACCCAUCACCUUCCUUCCCAUGCCUGGUCCUGUGUGUGAUACCCAUCACCUUCCUUCCCAUGGUCCUGGUCCUGUGUGUGAUACCCAUCACCUUCCUUCCCAUGCCUGGUCCUGUGUGUGAUACCCAUCACCUUCCUUCCCAUGGUCCUGGUCCUGUGUGUGAUACCCAUCACCUUCCUUCCCAUGCCUGGUCCUGUGUGUGAUACCCAUCACCUUCCUUCCCAUGCCUGGUCCCAAGUCUGAUAUAGCACACUGAUGUAACACACAGACACACACCUUUGUCUGUAAGGAACAAUAGCAGUACACACACACACACACACACACACCCCAGAACUAGGACCCCAGUGAAGUGUGCCGAGCACCAGAGGGUCAUCUGGACCGCUUCUGUCCACUGCAGCAUGAGACCAGACAGUAGAUAUUUCAUACAUGGUUCCCCUUCCGUACACGGUCCCCCUUCCGUACACGGUCCCCCUUCCGUACACGGUCCCCCUUCCGUACACGGUCCCCCUUCCGUACACGGUCCCCCUUCCGUACACGGUCCCCCUUCCGUACACGGUCCCCCUUCCGUACACGGUCCCCCUUCCGUACACGGUUCCCCUUCCGUACACGGUCCCCCUUCCGUACACGGUCCCCUUCCGUACACGGUCCCCCUUCCGUACACGGUCCCCCUUCCGUACACGGUCCCCCUUCCGUACACGGUCCCCCUUCCAUACACGGUCCCCCUUCCAUACACGGUCCCCCUUCCAUACACGGUCCCCCCUUCCAUACACGGUCCCCCCUUCCAUACACGGUCCCCCUUCCAUACACGGUUCCCCCUUCCAUACACGGUUCCCCUUCCAUACACGGUUCCCCCUUCCAUACACGGUCCCCCUUCCAUACACGGUCCCCCUUCCAUACACGGUUCCCCUUCCAUACACGGUUUCCCCUUCCAUACACGGUUCCCCUUCCAUACACGGUUCCCCUUCCAUACACGGUCCCCCUUCCAUACACGGUCCCCCUUCCAUACACGGUCCCCCUUCCAUACACGGUUCCCCUUCCAUACACGGUUCCCCUUCCAUACACGGUCCCCCUUCCAUACACGGUCCCCCUUCCAUACACGUUUCCCCUUCCAUACACGGUUCCCCUUCCAUACACGGUUCCCCUUCCAUACACGGUUCCCCUUCCAUACACGGUUCCCCUUCCAUACACGGUCCCCCUUCCAUACACGGUCCCCCUUCCAUACACGGUUCCCCUUCCAUACACGGUUCCCCUUCCAUACACGGUUCCCCUUCCAUACACGGUUCCCCUUCCAUACACGGUUCCCCUUCCAUACACGUUCCCCUUCCAUACACGGUUCCCCUUCCAUACACGGUUCCCCUUCCAUACAUGGUUCCCCCCCCCCCCCCCCCAGCAAAAUUAGCCUACAUGUAGGCUGUUUCUAUGUGUAUUUCACACUAUGUUGAGGUAAAAAUCAGGGUAUAAUGCUUGUAUGGAUGUCAACCCCAAUACAUGUUCAUGUCAUCGUCACCAAUCAACUGCAUUACAGUUCAAAACUACUUAGACUACCAACAACUUCUGUAAGCUAACUAUGCUACCAGUUUAUACGAAUGGGAGUUAGUAUUUAGCAUUCACUUCUUCUAAACCUGAAAAGGGAACUACUUCUAAAUGUCAUGCAGAGAAAACAGCCAGAUAUAUCCAAAUCAGAUUUUAGUAACCACGUUGUGGGCCUGUUACAAUAUAUCAAUCAUGACGGAUUUGAAAAAUAUCCACUUUGUUAGAUCAGAUUUGUGAUCCGGCGUCAUCCUUCUAUCCCCCACUGUCUGGAUCCCAUUGAUCUCUUUUACCGCAUCUAUCCCCAAUACCUCCCGGAUCUCUUGCCAAGAGUUCAAACUCAUUUCCAUGUUCUUUGAAAUCCCUACACAAGGAACUUGUUCUGAUAGCCUUUCGUUAAAAGUUCUCCAUGUUUGUUGUCAAACACAAAAAAAAAUCGCCGGAUCAAGCAUAAAUUGGCUUUAAAAAGCGCUGCGUGGUCAAGCCGUUAUCUGCAGUGGGCCUUACAGCAUUUACUGUGAUACGGCCUCUGCAGAAGUCAGGGCAUUCAUACUUCAUGUGCUUCGUGGAGCAGAGCAGAGCUGUUGUGAAGGAAGUUGGCAAGGAAGUGAGUUUGUGUUUAUACAGGACCUCCCGCCCCCACCUACCAUCAACCAAUCAUGUCAAUGCGGAGCUAUACUGAGCAGUAGCAAUGCGUGGGUAAAAUCACCAGGGAAGCCAAUCGAGAGAAAAAAAGCCAUAUUACGACCUGUGUUGUGAUAAUUGCGUUGUUUGCUCUAUAACCUGUUAGUUCAUAUGCCUUGACACCGUGAUAUAUAGGCCUAAAGGCCGAGACAAUAAGAAGACACAGUGGCAGAAUAAAUUCAAACACACCUUUGUUUCGUCACUAAACCUGAGAGAAAUAUCUGUCCGGUGAAGUCCACAAAACAUGUUGCAUGUAACAAACAGUUAUCUGACCUACAGCACGGUCAAGCAAGUUAAUGUUUCCCACAUUUUCGGACUACUAAUGAUUUAGGACCACGGAGUUAUCGCAAGUCGCUGCCUAUUCUAGCAUAAUUUCAAAUUCAUCGUCAAAAUCAAAUCAAAUGUUUUGUCACAUGCGCCGAAUACAACAGGUGUAGACCUUACAGUGAAAUGCUUACUUACAAACCCUUAACCAACAAUGCAGUUUUAAGAAAAAAUUAAUGUUAAGUAAAAAAUGUAUAAGAAAAAAAUAUAAAAUAAUUAAAGAGCAGCAGUAAAAUAACAAUAGCAAGGCUAUAUACAGGGGGUACCGGUACAGAGUCAAUGUGCGGGGGGCACCGGUUAGUCGAGGUAAUUGGGGUAAUAUGUACAUGUGGGUAGAGGUAACGUGACUAUGCAUAGAUAAUAAACAGAGAGUAGCAGCAGCGUAAAAGAGGGGGGCAGUGCAAAUAGUCCAGGUAGCCAUUUGAUUAGCUGCUCAGGAGUAUUGUGGCUUGGGGGUAGAAGCUGUUAAGAAGCCUUUUGGACCUAGACUUGGCGCUCCGGUACCGCUUGCCGUGCGGUAGCAGAGAGAACAGUCUAUGACUAGGGUGGCUGGAGUCUUUGACUAUUUUUAGGGCCUUCCUCUGACACCACCUGGUAUAGAGGUCCUGGAUGGCAGGAAGCUUGGCCCCAAUGAUGUACUGGAUCGUACUCACUACCCUCUGUAGUGCCUUGCGGUCGGAAGCCGAGCAGUUGCCAUACCAGGCGGUGAUGCAACCAGUCAGGAUGCUCUCGAUGAUGCAGCUGUAGAACUUUUUGAGGAUCUGAGGACCCAUGCCAAAUCUUUUCAGUCUCCUGAGGGGGAAUAGGCGUUGUCGUGCCCUCUUCACAACUGUCUUGGUGUGUUUGGACCAUGAUAGUUUGUUGGUGAUGUGGACACCAAGGAACUUGAAGCUCUCGACCCGCUCCACUACAGCCCCAUCUAAAUCACCUCUGCUUAGUCUAAUACAGUGACAACUAAAAGAUACCAAAAACGAUUUAGUCCAAUCAACAUAAGCUAAAUAUGACGUGAAUGGAUGUGUGUGGUGUGUGUGUGUGUGUGUGUGUGUGUGUGUGUGUGUGUGUGGUGUGUGUGUGUUUACGUGCGUGCAAGUAGAAAAAAACCGCCAAUGCCAUCCUCUUUCAUGUUGCCUAAACGUGGUAUUCACCUCCUAGGCUACCUGGCUAAAAUACUUGCUCGCUAGCCUAACUUUCUUUCAUGGGCAAUGAUGAGCCAGCUAGUUAACAUUAGCCUUCUACAUCUAGCUACAUAUUGAACUUCCAUCCUCUCAGGCCAGGGACACAACGUAUGAAUUUAUGGUUGGAUCAGAAUCGCCGUUAUAAUCAUUGGCCAGUACGGAGAAUUAAGUAAGUCCAAAUCCCUAUCUCCAUCCAUGGCUAACAUAGGAAAGGGCCCAUUUUAGCUAGCUAGCCACCGGAGGACAACAACACAACAAGAUGCAACAACUCACAUUUUAUUCUGUCAAUAACGACAUUUGGCUUGUGAUAGGUCUGAAGCCGAAUCCAAACUGGCUUCCCUUGACACUUUUUUUUUGGUGUGCCAGGACUAUUCACAGCUGAGCUCACUCAACGCUGAUUGGCUAUUAUUAUUAUUUAUUUUUUUAUCAAGGUAGGCCAUAUGCUCGCUAGCUUCCCUUGCAUUCAAUGCUAAGGGCAGCAACAAUGUCAUACUCUUUAUGACCAGACGGCAUCAGAUAGAUAUGUUACACAUACUGAGACAGAGGGGGCGCUGUUUAGUUCGCUCAGAUGCUUUAACCCGUGAGAUACAUUCAGCCUCUUGGGAAUUGAAGGAAAUGUAUGAAAACACAGAGAGACAAAAGAUGACAUUAUUUUGUAUGUUUUUUUUCUUGGUCAAUUUUUUGGGGAAGCCUGGCUCGCAUUGGCAUCCAUGAAUACAUGUCACUGAUACUGAGCCCUCCACAUUCUUACAAAAUUUGGGAGGCGCACAGCGAUGCGGUAUGGAGCUCGAUUUGGCCUCUAAGACUUCGGGGGCUCCGCAAUUGCGUCACACCCUGUGUACGGAGCCUCCAGAUAGCUUGCCAGAGCAAGCAUAAAUUGGCUUUAACGCACAUUACCACAAUUAACACAGUAGGCGAUCCACAAGAGAUUUUAAACGACACACUGGCGUGAGAUACAAGGACGAUUGAUUUAGUACAUUGUAACAAGCUUGAUAUAAAUAAAUUUAAAAAACAGCAUACAGUCCAUGUCGAAUAGCCACAGUGCGAAUUAUUUCUGAUGCCCAAAUGACAAGAAAACCAGAUAUGUUAAUGAUCAUAGCCUAAUCAUACAAAAGGUAGGAGAAUAUAGGAGAAAAGCAGAAUGUUACAAAGCCAUAAAAUAGGCUAGAGUCCGUAGCUAAACAUAUAGGCUGCCUAUGGGUUACAGAGGAGUACGCAGUAAUCUCCUGAGCUUUGAUUAACCCCCUCCGUGAUUCCAAGUUAACAAGAAAGACAACAGGAAAAAAAGACAAUGUGUAUCCGAUUCGGACUGCAUUCCUACCUCAAUAUAGCCGGCCAACCCUGGAACUACGAUGCCCAAAAUUAGGACCGAUAUCGCGGGGACUCGACACAUCUUCCAAGCUGAUCUGCGCCGAUAUUACAGUCAAAUUGUCCUCUAGGUCGACAGAAUCAACUCCACGAUCAACAAGGAGACGAAAAAUGGAAUGAUAGGUAAAUCUCUUCUGAGGAGCGGAGCUAGUCCUGCGUCGCUUGCUUGCCCCGAGAUCGACAGCGAAAUGAAAUGUAGCAGACUAAUGACCAGUGGGAUAGGGAGGGAGUGCGGGUUCGUCCUCUUCUCUCUCUCCACAUUUCCACCCGGUCCAACAUUACAGAACAGUGCGCCGCCAGGCGUCUGGUGAGAGUCCUACCGGAUGUGAAGUCAUUAGAUUAGGCUUUCUGUACAUAUGAUACGGCUUUGAUAUGGGCCUAAAUGAUGUUGUAUUGUCACCUACAGUGGCGAUUUUAGCAUGUACAUUUUGGUGGGGCAAACAAAAAAAUUCCCGUUUUAGAUGCAUCCCAGCAAAGCCUCAACACAACACAACACUAAACAAUACAUUCAUUGCACUAUAACGGUGACAAACGGUGCCCACAAACUGAUAGGGCCUAUAUAAAGCUGUCCCAACAGCAGAGCUUUCUUUUCAGCACCAUGGAGUGAAUCCUUACCACCGCUCCACCUGGCUAUCAGCCGAGCCUUGUCUGGCAGCGAAACAGUUCAUUCAGCCUCCUUUACUGCCUUUUAAAAAACAUAGCUGAUAUGGCUGAUUUGCUUAAACAAAUGUGGUUUCUACUGACAAUUGAGAUGUACAAACUACGGCAUAAGGGAACAAUGAGCGGAUAAGAGGCAAUCCAUAAUUUUGAUUAAGACAAUGAGCAAGCUAAAACGGACAUAGUCAAUAUAACAAUUUGUUCAGCACUUUUGAAAUGUACAACGACAGAAUUCAGAACAUGGUCCGUUCUUACAUUGUUCUCCCUGAACACCAAGUCAGAACCGUAGGAUAAAUAAAGGGGGCAUAUAAGCAGACAAUGAAAGCUCUUACAAUAUUCGAUUAUUACAUUUCUCUAAAACAGGCUAAAGGCUACAUGUCAGAACAGUAGGCUAAGUUAUGAGGGGGAAAGGGACCACAUUAUUUGGGUGAGGCACAUGGCCUACUAAUAUCUUACUACACAGCAUACACUUAGUAUUACUUUCUUAGCUACAGCAUACACAUCUCCCUGGCAUAUUACAUCAUUUAUGCAGCAGCAUACUAUACAUUUUUGGACUCACCUUGUUGUGCUCCGCUCACUUGUGGGCAAAAAAUCUUUGGAGGGAGCUGAAAGUCUGUAUUGCCCAGCGACAGCCCCGAAACCUGAAGGAUCUGGAGAAGGUCUGUAUGGAGGAGUGGGCCAAAAUCCCUGCUGCAGUGUGUGCAAACCUGGUCAAGACCUACAGGAAACGUAUGAUCUCUGUCAUUUCAAACAAAGGUUUCUGUACCAAAUAUUAAGUUCUGCUUUUCUGAUGUAUCAAAUACUUAUGUCAUGCAAUACAAUGCAAAUUAAUUACUUAAAAAUCAUACAAUGUGAUUUUCUGGAUUUUUGUUUUAGAUUCCGUCUCUCACAGUUGAAGUGUACCUAUGAUACAAAUUACAGACCUCUACAUGCUUUGUAAGUAGGAAAACCUGCAAAAUCGGCAGUGUAUCAAAUACUUGUUCUCCCCACUGUAUAUAUAUAUAUAUAUAUGUAUACAUGUAUAGGCCUACAAGAAAGCAAUAUUCAGCAGAAGAAUUGGCUCCUCAUUUUAACGAAGAACUGCCCUAAUUCAUAAUUUCAUAAUGGAAAUAAUUUGGGCAAUGAAGAAAUGAUAGGACAAAUGUCAACCUUAAACAUGAUUAAAUCUCUGAUGAUACAGUGCUGUGACAGAAUCUACACUCCCCCUCUGAUUUUAUCUCUGUACUCAAGACUAUAGUUCUCUUGUUCUCGAGAAAAACAGAGGCCCUGGUCUAAAGUGAUGCACUGUAAAGGGAAUAAGGAAUGGGGUGCCAUUUGGGACGGAAAUUAUAGUUCUCUGUUUGCGAGAAAGACAGUUCCUCAGUGUAGAUAUAUGAGCAACUUUUGUAGUGAUUUCCCCAUGGGGGUGAAUUCCCCUGCAUUUCAGAUGAACUCUAAAAAUGGGUAUUCCUUCUCACUGUACAUUCCCCUUUGAAAAAUAUCUCUGGGACAACCAUUCACCAACAAUAUCACCGUAAGCAAUAUUUCACUGCAUGUAUAAAUAAUAAAGUUCAAACAAUAGAAUGUGGACCCUUUAAUCUUUAAAUUAGAAACAUGAUUCUCCUGUCAUUCUAAUUUACCUGUCGCUGUGUUAGGUGGUGCUAGGUGGUGCUAUGAAGUGUUAGGCUGUGCUAGGAGGUGCUAGGUGGUGCUAGGUGGUGCUAGGACGUUAGGUGGUGCUAGGUGGUGUUAGGUGGUGCUUGGAGGUCCUAGGUGGUGCUAGGUGGUAUUAGGUGGUGUAAGGUAGUGCUAGGUGGUGCUAGUGAUUGCUAGGUGGUGCUAGGAGGUGCUAGGUGGUGCUAGGUGGUGUAAGGUAGUGCUAGGUGGUGCUAGUGAUUGCUAGGUGGUGCUAGGAGGUGCUAGGUGGUGCUAGGUGGUGUUAGGUGGUGCUAGGUGGUGCUAGGUGGUAUUAGGUGUUGUAAGGUAAAGGUAGUGCUAGGUGGUGUUAGGUGGUGCUAGUGAUUGCUAGGUGGUGCUAGGUGGUGCUAGGUGGUGCUAGGUGGUUUAAGGUAGUGCUAGGUGGUGUUAGGUGGUGCUAGUGAUUGCUAGGUGGUGCUAGGAGGUGCUAGGUGGUGUUAGGUGGUGCUAGGUGGUGCUAGGUGGUGCUAGGUGGUAUUAGGUGUUGUAAGGUAAAGGUAGUGCUAGGUGGUGUUAGGUGGUGCUAGUGAUUGCUAGGUGGUGCUAGGAGGUGCUAGGUGGUGCUAGGUGGUGCUAAGAGGUGCUUGUUGAUGCUAGUUGGUGCUAGGUGUUACUAAAAUCCAAAGUCAGCAGGAAUUAUUAUUUAAUCAGACAUUCACUAAAGUCUCCAUCCCAAAUGGUCUCCUAAUCCCUAUAAAGUGCUUUCUACCAGGGCUAGGCACAUUAUUCAUAUUAAUUAUUCCAUGACCGAUGACCCAUGAGGACAUUAUCAGUGCAAAGAAUAAUACUGACCUCCUCCAAAUCAAAACCAGGAAAUUAUAAUCAUUAUGUUAUUAUUCUGAUCAUAUCAGGGGGCUUAAAAAGCAAUCACAAAGAAGCACAAGCAAUCUUUCAGAUUGGAGAUGAAACACAUGACAGAGAAAUCCCCAUCUCUGUUCCGUCAUCACCUAAAGGGGACUUUCGUUUUUAAAAGCUUACGCUCAACUGAUAGUGAGUCCCAAACAGCACCCUAUUCCCUAUGUAGUGCACUACUUUAGACCAGAGAAUGGCACCCUAUUCCCUAGUUAGUGCACUACUUUAGACCAGAGAAUGGCACCCUAUUCCCUAUAUAGUGCACUACUUUAGACCAAAGAAUGGCACCCUAUUCCCUAUAUAGUGCACUACUUUAGACCAGAGAAUGGCACCCUAUUCCCUAUAUAGUGCACUACUUUAGACCAGAGAAUGGCACCCUAUUCCCUAUAUAGUGCACUACUUUAGACCAGAGAAUGGUACCCUAUUCCCUAUAUAGUGCACUACUUUAGACCAGAGAAUGAAAAAAAAAAAAAAAAAAAAAAGGAACACCGAAAAUGAACCCUUCUCUUGCCAGCCUCAAAUUCUUGUGUAUUUAUAGGUGAGACACCAGGAAGUGAUUCAUGGCAUUCAAAAGUGUUUGUAUUGUAUUCAUUCAGCCCUAGUCCAUAUGAUUUCAACCUCUCCAUGGACAAUAUUUAUUGUUUAUAGACUGACAACAAUCAAGAGUAAGGGGGUCUCUUUCACGCCAAUGGGACAACUGGAAACAGAGAGUAGAUGCCAACAGGGACAACUGUAAACAGAGAGUAGAUGCCAACAGUAGCACAUUUUGGGAACUUGCUUGAUCUCCUUCUCAAUACCAAUGCAACAAAUACAUUUCCAAGAGCAUCAACUGUAUGAAAUGAAAUCUGUGUAUCACCAUACCUGCUGGGGUGUGUUCUCAGUAUAAAGGUACCGUGUUAUGGGUGUGUCUGGAAGUGGUGACUACUAACAUUGAUGACAGAAGUUGAGUUCAGGACACACCUGUGGCUAACACCCACACACCCACACACACACCCACACACACACACACACACACACACACACACACACACACACACACACACACACACACACACACAGACCACCACCUAACACCGCUGCCACGUGCCACCAUUUAACCCAUUCAUCUAUCAUCUGGUGAAUGGAUUUAAUCCCCUGGAGUGGAUGAAGCUCUAUUAUUAUAACAUCAAUCAGUUUCACAGAUAAAACAUUUCAAUCCAGGUCACCGACUUGCAAUGGAAAUUAAAAUGUCACCACAGUCAUCUUUGAUACAGGGGUUAUGGAAGUCUUUGAUACAGGGGUUAUGGAAGUCUUUGAUACAGGGGUUAUGGAAGUCUUUGAUACAGGGUUUAUGGAAGUCUUUGAUACAGGGGUUAUGGAAGUCUGUGAUACAUGGGUUAUGGAAGUCUUUGAUACAGGGGUUAUGGAAGUCUUUGAUACAGGGGUUAUGGAAGUCUUUGAUACAGGGGUUAUGGAAGUCUUUGAUACAGGGGUUAUGGAAGUUUAAAGGAUGAGUAAGAGGAAAGUUUCCAAUAUGAAUCCAGUAUUGCAACAUGGAGGGAGAGGCCACUACCAGUAACACCACCACCCUGCAAUAUAAUCAUUCUGAAUCAUAGCUCAUAGAAGAAGUUCAUGAUGAUUACUGGAUCAGACACAGAAUGUAGACUAGAGCCACAAAUUGAAUAGAAAUCAUCUUUGCUGGAGCAAACCAAGUAACAGUUCCUAGCCUAGUGGUUAAGAGUGUUGGGCCAGUAACCGAAUAGUCGAUGGUUCGAAACCCUGAGCCAACUAGGUGAAAAUUCUGUCUGUGCCCUUAAGCAAGGCACUUAACCAUAAUUGCACCCUGUAUUUACAGUGGAGGAAAAAAGUAUUUAGUCAGCCACCAAUUGUGCAAGUUCUCCCACUUAAAAAGAUGAGAGAGGCCUGUAAUUUUCAUCAUAGGUACACGUCAACUAUGACAGACAAAUUGAGAAAAGAAAAUCCAGAAAAUCACAUUGUAGGAUUUUUAAUGAAUUUAUUUGCAAAUUAUGGUGGAAAAUAAGUAUUUGGUCACCUACAAACAAGCAAGAUUUCUGGCUCUCACAGACCUGUAACUUCUUCUUUAAGAGGCUCCUCUGUCCUCCACUCGUUACCUCUAUUAAUGGCACCUGUUUGAACUUGUUAUCAGUAUAAAAGACACCUGUCCACAACCUCAAACAGUCACACUCCAAACUCCACUAUGGCCAAGACCAAAGAGCUGUCAAAGGACACCAGAAACAAAAUUGUAGACCUGCACCAGGCUGGGGAGACUGAAUCUGCAAUAGGUAAGCAGCUUGGUUUGAAGAAAUCAACUGUGGGAGCAAUUAUUAGGAAAUGGAAGACAUACAAGACCACUGAUAAUCUCCCUCGAUCUGGGGCUCCACGCAAGAUCUCACCCCGUGGGGUCAAAAUGAUCACAAGAACGGUGAGCAAAUAUCCCAGAACCACACGGGGGGACCUAGUGAAUGACCUGCAGAGAGCUGGGACCAAAGUAACAAAGCCUACCAUCAGUAACACACUACGCCGCCAGGGACUCAAAUCCUGCAGUGCCAGACGUGUCCCCCUGCUUAAGCCAGUACAUGUCCAGGCCCGUCUGAAGUUUGCUAGAGUGCAUUUGGAUGAUCCAGAAGAGGAUUGGGAGAAUGUCAUAUGGUCAGAUGAAACCAAAAUAGGGGGUUAUGGAAGUCUUUGAUACAGGGGUUAUGGAAGUUUAAAGGAUGAGUAAGAGGAAAGUUUCCAAUAUGAAUCCAGUAUUGCAACAUGGAGGGAGAGGCCACUACCAGUAACACCACCACCCUGCAAUAUAAUCAUUCUGAAUCAUAGCUCAUAGAAGAAGUUCAUGAUGAUUACUGGAUCAGACACAGAAUGUAGACUGGUGUCAUUGCCAACAAAGGGUAUAUAACAAAGUAUUGAGAAACUUUUGUUAUUGACCAAAUACUUAUUUUCCACCAUAAUUUGCAAAUAAAUUCAUUAAAAAUCAUACAAUGUGAUUUUCUGGAUUUUUUUAUUUUUAUUACAGGCCUCUCUCAUCUUUUUAAGUGGGAGAACUUGCACAAUUGGUGGCUGACUAAAUACUUUACCCCCCCACUAUAUUAAGGAUCCCCUUUACUCUUCCUGGGUUCCAAAUAUAUUAAAGCACUUACAUUACAUAUAAAACAAAAUAUAUAACAGUAUGACAUUAUUACACCACUACCUAUCUACAAUACAAAAUGUUUAAUACCACCAUACAACAAUAUCACAAUGUGUGCAUAUGCAUGUGUCUAUACCCUUGUGUGUCUCUUCACAGUCCCCGUUGUUCCAUAAGGUGUAUUUUGACCUGUUUUUCAAUCUGAUUCUACUGCUUGCAUCAGUUACCUGAUGUGGAAUAGAGUUCCAUGUAGUCAUGUCUCUAUGUAGUACUGUGCGCCUCCCAUAGUCUGUUCUGGACUUGGGGACUGUGAAGAGACCUCUGGUGGCAUGUCUUGUGGGGUAUGCAUGGGUGUCCGAGCUGUGUGCCAGUAGUUCAAACAGACAGCUCGGGCCAUGACAGACUGACAUGCAUGUCAUUAAUGUUCGAUCUCUGUGUACUUUUAAGGGCCAGCCGUGCUGCCCUGUUCUGAGCCAACUGCCAAUUUUCCCAAGUCCCUCUUUGGCUAAUUGGUUGGCUAUUUGAGCCAGUAAAGGGGGCUUUACUAUUCUUAGGUAGCGGAAUGAUUUUUGCUUCCCUCCAGGCCUGAGGGCACACACUUUCUAGUAGGCUUAGAUUGAAAAUAUGGCAAAUAGGAGUGGCAAUAUCAUCCACUAUUAUCCUCAGCAAUUUUCCUUCUAAGUUGUCAGACCCCGGUGGCUUGUCAUUGUUAAUAGACUACAAUAAUUUUUUCACUCACUUUACGGAAUUCAAAAUUACAAUGCUUGUCUUUCAUAAUUUGGUCAGAUAUACUUGGACGUGUAGUGUCAGCAAUUGUUGCUGGCAUGUCAUGCCUAAGUUUGCUAAUCUUGCCAAUGAAAAAAGUAUUAAAGUAGUUGGCAAUAUCAGUUGGUUUUGUGAUGAAUGAGCCAUCUGAUUCAAUGAAUGAUGGAGCUGAGUUUGCCUUUUCAUUCAAGGUGCUCCAAAGCUUUUUACUAUCAUUCUUUAUGUCAUUUAUCUUUGUUUCAUAGUGUAGUUUAUUCUUCUUUUUAUUCAGUUUAGUCACAUAAUUUCUCGAUUUGCAAUACGUUUACCAAUCGGUUGUGCAGCCAGACUUAUUUGCCAUUCCUUUUGCCUCAUCCCUCUCAACCAUACAAUUUUUCAAUUCCUCAUCAAUCCACGGGGAUUUAACAGUUGUUACAGUCAUUGUCUUAAUGGGUGCAUGCUUAUUAGUAACUGGAAUAAGCAAUUUCAUAAAUGUGUCAAGUGCAGUGUCUGUUUGCUCCUCAUUACACACCACGGACCAACAAAUAUUCUUUACAUCAACAACAUAGGAAUCACUACAAAACUUAUUGUAUGACCUCUUAUACACAAUAUUAGACCCAGCCUUUGGAACUUUAUAUAACUAGAUAUGGCUACUAUAUUGUGAUCACUACAUCCGAUGGAUUUGGAUACUGCUUUCAAACAACUCUCUGCAGCAUUAGUAAAGAUAUGAUCAAUACAUGUUGAUGAUUUAAUUCCUGUACUGUUUGUAACUACCCUGGUAGGUUGACUGAUAACCUGAACCAGGUUGCAGGCACUGGUUACAGUUUGAAGCUUUCUCUUGAGUGGGCAGCCUGAUGAAAGCCAGUCAAUAAUUUAUUCACCCAGAAAGUAUACCUCUCUUUUGAUAUCACAUACAUUAUCAAGCAUUUCACACAUGUUAUCCAGAUACUGACUGUUAGCAUGCGAAAGUAUUCAUCCCCUUGGCAUUUUUCCUAUUUUGUUGCCUUACAACCUGGAAUUAAAAUUGAUUUUUGGGGGGUUUGUAUCAUUUGAUUUACACAACAUGCCUACCACUUUGAAGAUGCAAAAUAUUUUGUAUUGUGAAACAAACAAGAAAUAAGACAAAAAAACAGAAAACUUAAGCAUGCCUCACCCCCACAAAGUCAAUACUUUGUAGAGCCACCGUUUGCAGCAAUUACAGCUGCAAGUCUCUUGGGGUAUGUCUCUAUAAGCUUGGCACAUCUAGCCACUGGGAUUUUUGACCAUUCUUCAAGGCAAAACUGCUCCAACUCCUUCAAGUUGGAUGGGUUCCGCUUUUGUACAGCAAUCUUUAAGUCAUACCACAGAUUCUCAAUUGGAUUGAGGUCUGGGCUUUGACUAGGCCAUUCCAAGACAUUUAAAUGUUUCCCCUUAAACCACUUGAGUGUUGCUUUAGCAGUAUGCUUAGGGUCAUUGUCCUGCUGGAAGGUGAACCUCCAUCCCAGUCUCAAAUCUCUGGAAGACUGAAACAGGUUUCCCUAAAGAAUUUCCCUGUAUUUAGCGCCAUCCAUCAUUCCUUCAAUUCUGACCUGUUUCCCAGUCCCUGCCGAUGAAAAAUAUCCCCACAGCAUGAUGCUGCCACCACCAUGCUUCACUGUGGGGAUGGUGUUCUCGGGGUGAUGAGAGGUGCUGGGUUUGCGCCAGACAUGUUUUUUUAUGGCCAAAAAGCUCAAUUUUAGUCUCAUCUGACCAGCGUACCUUCUUCCCUAUGUUUGGGGAGUCUCCCACAUGCCUUUUGGCGAACACCAAACGUGUUUGCUUCUUUUUUUCUUAAAGCAAUGGCAUUUUUCUGGCUACUCUUCUGUAAUAUCCAGCUCUGUGGAGUGUACGGCUUAAAGUAGUCCUAUAGACAGAUACUCCAAUCUCCGCUGUGGAGCUUUGCAGCUCCUUCAGGGUUAUCUUUGGUCUCUUUGUUGCCUCUCUGAUUAAUGCCCUCCUUGCCUGGUCCAUGAGUUUUGGUGGGCGGCCCUCUCUUGGCAGGUUUGUUGUGGCGCCAUAUUCUUUCCAUUUUUUAAUAAUGGAUUUAAUGGUGCUCCGUGGGAUGUUCAAAGUUUCAGAUAUACAUGGCCCCGUCCAUCGUCCCUUUGAUGCGGUGAAGUUGUCCUGUCCCCUUAGCAGAAAAACACCCCCAAAGCAUAAUGUUUACACCUCCAUGUUUGACGGUGGGGAUGGUGUUCUUGGGGUCAUAGGCAGCAUUCCUCCUCCUCCAAACACGGCGAGUUGAGUUGAUGCCAAAGAGCUCCAUUUUGGUCUCAUCUGACCACAACACUUUCACCCAGUUCUCCUCUGAAUCAUUCAGAUGUUCAUUGGCAAACUUCAGACGGGCAUGUAUUUGUGCUUUCUUGAGCAGGGGGACCUUGCGGGCGCUGCAGGAUUUCAGUCCUUCACGGCGUAGUGUGUUACCAAUUGUUUUCUUGGUGUCUAUGGUCCCAGCUGCCUUGAGAUCAUUGACAAGAUCCUCCCGUGUAGUUCUGGGCUGAUUCCUCGUUCUCAUGAUCAUUGCAACUCCACGAGGUGAGAUCUUGCAUGGAGCCCCAGGCCGAGGGAGAUUGAGAGGUCUUUUGUGUUUCUUCCAUUUGCAAAUAAUUGCACCAACUGUUGUCACCUUCUCACCAAGCUGCUUGGCGAUGGUCUUGUAGCCCAUUCCAGCCUUGUGUAGGUCUACAAUCUUGUCACUGACAUCCUUGGAGAGCUCUUUGGUCUUGGCCAUGGUGGUGAGUUUGGAAUCUGAUUGAUUGAUUGCUUCUGUGGACAGGUGUUUUUUUUACAGGUAACAAACUGAGAUUAGGAGCACUCCCUUUAAGAGUGUGUUCCUAAUCUCAGCUCGUUACCUGUAUAAAAGACACCUGGGAGCCAGAAAUCUUUCUGAUUGAGAGGGGGUCAAAUACUUAUUUCCCUCAUUAAAAUGCAAAUCAAUUUAUAACAUUUUUUACAUGCAUUUUUCUGAAUUUUUUGGUUGUUAUUCUGUCUCUCACUGUUCAAAUAAACCUACCAUUAAAAUUAUAGACUGAUCAUGUCUUUGUCAGUGGGCAAACAUACAAAAUCAGCAGGGGAUCAAAUACUUUUUUCCUCACUGUAUAUACUGAGAUCAUGUGACAGAUCAUGCAACACUUAGAUUGCACACAGGUGGACUUUAUUUAACUAAUUAUGUGACUUCUGAAGGUAAUUGGUUGCAGCAGAUCAUUGCUUCAUAGCAAAAGGGGUGAAUACACCACUUUUCCGUUAUUUAUUUUUUUGAAUUUUUUUAAACAAGUAAUGUUUUUCAUUUCACUUCACCAAUUUGGACUAUUUUGUGUAUGUCCAUUACAUGAAAUCCAAAUAAAAAUCCAUUUAAAUUACAGGUUCUAAUGCAACAAAAUAGGAAAAACGCCAAGGGGGAUGAAUACUUUUGCAAGGCACUGUAGCAGCUUCCCACCAGAAUUGGCUUUAGGUGAGGCAGAUGAACCUGUAGCCAUAUUACUUCAACAGUAUUUAACAUGAGAUCCUCUCUAAUCUUCACAGGAAUGUGGUUCUGAAUAUAAACAGCAACACCUCCACCAUUGGCAUUUCUAUAUUUUCUGUAAAUGUUAUAACCUUGUAUUGCUACCACUGGAUCAUCAAAGGUAUUAUCUAAGUGAGUUUUCAGAGAUAGUCAGAAUAUGAAUGUCAUCUGUUAUUAGCAAAUUAUUGAUUUCAUGAACCUUGUUUCUUAAGCUACAUAUGUUAACGUGGGCUAUUUUGAGCACUUUUCUACUGGGAUGCUUCUGUUUAUUGCUUUACUGGGAAGCUUAGCAGCAGUAGAUGUGCUCAUGUUCUUUAUGUUAGUGCAGGGUGAGCUGCACACAGUGGCCUUCCUCCUCGGGCACACCGGCUCAGUGCUAACAGUAUAAAUCUGGUUCUUAGGCACAUGAUUACUGCAUACAAUAGCUGUAGGAUAAGCAGAGGCAUUCAGGGCAGCUAGAGGGACACAAACCAGGUUACCCACGUUGUGUCUACUGACGCCCCUGAUGUAAUGUACAUUUGCUGAAGCAUUUUGACAACUCUGCGUCACAAUGGUAGGGAUUAGCUGAGCUGGGCUUGGGUCAUUGCUAAGUCAUUGUCUCAACGCAGCCUUAUAAUGCUGUGAAAGGAUCCUCCAUAUAAAAUGUGUUUUGUUUCCAAAAGGUAUCGAAAUUGUCAACAAAAGUUACACCCAUUGAGCUGCAAUAAUCACGUAACCAGUUGUGAAGAGCAAGAAUCCUGCUAAAGCAUUCAAUGCCACGAUUCAGAGAGGGCACGGGGCCAGAUAUGAUGUUUUUUUUGUUAGUGUCUAGCAGAGAGUCAAUCAGCUCUUUAAAAUCCAGUUUCAACUGUUCAGAGCUGCCCUUCAUAAUAUCAUUAAAACCCACAUGGACUACGAGAAAAUCGAUUUCCAUGUCCUGACGUAGUACAUUUGGGAGCAGCUUAGUAAUGUCAUUUCCUCGAGCUCCGGGAUAGAGACAUUGUUUUUGCACCAGGAAUGGUCACAUUUCUUACCAUGGAGCAAAAUCACGGCCGGCGAGAAGCACGAGGAAAUCCGCCCACUCAUCUCAGACUGAUGGAGAAGCCCCGCUCGAUCCAGAGCAGGGGUGGAAGGUUGCCGACGUCGACUUCGGAAUCGUAGGGGAAGGAGUAGGAGUAGUCACAGCGGCUGCAGACACAGCGACUCCCACGCUUCACAGGAUGGUGCAGGCCUCCAACAGAUGGAGAAUCCCCACUCGAUCCAAAUCGGAAGGUUGCCGACGUCGACUUCCAAAUCGUAGUAGUAGGCACUGCGGCCGCAGACACAGGCACCCCUAGCGACGAAGGUGCAGGAAGAUCAGGCUCCAGGACGGCGAAAACUAUUAGUUGUUUGUAUCCGUUCCGGGCCUCUCGUUGGGAGUGUAGAUUGCUUUGCGGGAGGUCGCAACUCGCUGGAACCGUUAAUUUAGUUCUCCAGACAAAGAGGGCUCCUUUGCAAAACUCAUCUGGUACCAACUUCGUUAGCUUGAUGGCUAGCAGCUUAGCUAGCUAUCAAGUCCCUCUGGAUAAGAACAUCUGCUAAAUUACAUAAAUGUAACAAGUUUUCCAAGUGGUGGCCUUUCUCGGCCCACUAUUGGAAGUCAAAUAUAGGUUUCCUGUCAAAUCCUUUACUGAGAACACAAAAACUGUUAAAACAUCACAUAGACAAAGCAUGUCAAUAUCAAAUCUUACUAAAAACAAAACAUCAACACAUUCAUACAAAAAAGUAAUUAUUUUUCCAGAUCAUUCAGAUAUCCAUAACCCUAACGGCAAGUUCUAGCAUGUAUUUGCAUAUUUCCGUUAGGGAACGCCUACUCUGUGAAGUGCGUGUGUGCAAUGACUCAAUUCGCCUUUUUAGAAACUUUGGCAACGGGUAAAUUCUACAAAAGUUGAAAAAAAGAGUUUGAGUGAUGAAAGUUGGACAGAGGAUCUCAAAAUCUCUGAGCAAGAAACACUUGGAUGAACACAAAAAAAAACUAAUGCUAGGCUAUUUUCUGGCAAUUGUGCUGUUAUUAUGUGCCAGAUGUUAAGACUACAAACCAUUAUAAAUGGUCCAUUUGAGAGAUUGACUUGUCAUUUCAAUAGGCAUAGGCGACUGACUAAAAUCUGGGUUUAUGAUUGUAAUUCAACUUUGACAUGGUUUGCUUCGAUAAAGGCAGGUAGCCUAUAGCCCCUGAUAGUCCUACAUAUAAUUUCGGAUAGUCUACAGUAGCCUAGACAAGAUGUAGGCAAGAUGUAAACUGAACGAUUUAGCAGCUUGCUUAGUUCAAACAGACACAUUUAUUCAACAUGAAUAGCGAGGCGAUAUCGAGGUAAGGAGUGCUUGUGUUUCCCAAUAGCCUGCCUGAACAGGCUCCUGAGGAUGGGGUCAUAAUUUCAAUCACUGAAUUAAAUAUUAACAUGUAUAUACAGUGGGGGAAAAAAGUAUUUAGUCAGUAUUUACACGUCAACUAUGACAGACAAAAUGAGAAAAAACAAUCCAGAAAAUCACAUUUGUAGGAUUUUUUAUGAAUUUAUUUGCAAAUUAUGGUGGAAUAUAAGUAUUUGGUCAAUAACAAAAGUUUCUCAAUACUUUGUUAUAUACCCUUUGUUGGCAAUGACACAGGUCAAACGUUUUCUGUAAGUCUUCAUAAGGUUUUCACACACUGUUGCUGGUAUUUUGGCCCAUUCCUCCAUGCAGAUCUCCUCUAGAGCAGUGAUGUUUUGGGGCUGUCGCUGGGCAACACGGACUUUCAACUCCCUCCAAAGAUGUUCUAUGGGGUUGAGAUCUGGAGACUGGCUAGGCCACUCCAGGACCUUGAAAUGCUUCUUACGAAGCCACUCCUUCGUUGCCAGGGCGGUGUGUUUGGGAUCAUUGUCAUGCUGAAAGACCCAGCCACGUUUCAUCUUCAAUGCCCUUGCUGAUGGAAGGAGGUUUUCACUCAAAAUCUCACGAUACAUGGCCCCAUUCAUUUUUUUCCUUUACACGGAUCAGCCCCAAAGCAUGAUGUUUCCACCCCCAUGCUUCACAGUAGGUAUGGUGUUCUUUGGAUGCAACUCAGCAUUCUUUGUCCUCCAAACACGACGAGUUGAGUUUUUACCAAAUAGUUCUAUUUUGGUUUCAUCUGACCAUAUGACAUUCUCCCAAUCCUCUUCUGGAUCAUCCAAAUGCACUCUAGCAAACUUCAGACGGGCCUGGACAUGUACUGGCUUAAGCAGGGGGACACGUCUGGCACUGCAGGAUUUGAGUCCCUGGCGGCGUAGUGUGUUACUGAUGGUAGGCUUUGUUACUUUGGUCCCAGCUCUCUGCAGGUCAUUCACUAGGUCCCCCCGUGUGGUUCUGGGAUUUUUGCUCACCGUUCUUGUGAUCAUUUUGACCCCACGGGGUGAGAUCUUGCGUGGAGCCCCAGAUCGAGGGAGAUUAUCAGUGGUCUUGUAUGUCUUCCAUUUCCUAAUAAUUGCUCCCACAGUUGAUUUCUUCAAACCAAGCUGCUUACCUAUUGCAGAUUCGGUCUUCCCAGCCUGGUGCAGGUCUACAAUUUUGUUUCUGGUGUCCUUUGACAGCUCUUUGGUCUUGGCCAUAGUGGAGUUUGGAGUGUGACUGUUUGAGGUUGUGGACAGGUGUCUUUUAUACUGAUAACAAGUUCAAACAGGUGCCAUUAAUACAGGUAACGAGUGGAGGACAGAGGAGCCUCUUAAAGAAGAAGUUACAGGUCUGUGAGAGCCAGAAAUCUUGCUUGUUUGUAGGUGGCCAAAUACUUAUUUUCCACCAUAAUUUGCAAAUAAAUUCAUUAAAAAUCCUACAAUGUGAUUUUCUGGAUUUUUUUUCUCAAUUUGUCUGUCAUAGUUGACGUGUACCUAUGAUGAAAAUUACAGGCCUCUCUCAUCUUUUUAAGUGGGAGAACUUGCACAAUUGGUGGCUGACCAGGGCUUAUUUUUUUAGAUGUUUUUAUUUUAUUUAUUCCUGUACCCUAAUCUGACUACUGUUACCCUCAAUCUAAUGCAUUCUAACAACUGAUCAGCAAUUGCUAUAGAGCUUUGAUAACUUCCAAUUUAAUUAACUAAACAUGUCCAUUAAUAAUUGCAUAAUAACAUAAUAUUUAUUAAAUUGGUUUGCCAGCUCCAGGUAAGCAACACAAGUGGCACAUUUUAUUUUAUUUAUUUAAUCUUUAUUUAACAAAUAGUUAAGAACAAAUUCUUAUUUACAAUGAGGGCCUACCAAAAAGCAAAAGGCCUGUGGGGACGGGGGCUGGAAUUAAAAAUAAAAAUAUAGGACAAAACACACAUCACGACAAGAGAGACAACACAACACUACAUAAAGACAGACUAAAGACAACAACACAGUAUGGCAGCAACACAUGACAACAACACGGUAGCAACACAACAUGACAACAACACGGUAGCAACACAACAUGACAACAACACGGUAGCAACACAACAUGACAACAACACGGUAGCAACACAACAUGACAACAACACGGUAGCAACACAGCAUGACAACAACACGGUAGCAACACAACAUGACAACAACACGGUAGCAACACAACAUGACAACAACACGGUAGCAACACAACAUGACAACAACACGGUAGCAGCACAACAUGGUACAAACAUUAUUGGGCACAGACAACAGCACAAAGGGCAAGAAGGUAGAGACAACAAUACAUCACGGGAAGCAGCCACAAGUGUCAAAUCAAAUCAAAUUUGAUUGGCCACAUGCGCCGAAUACAACAGGUGCAGACAUUACAGUGAAAUGCUUACUUACAGCCCUUAACCAACAGUGCAUUUAUUUUUAAUAAAAAAGUAAAAUAAAAUAUCUACAAAAAAGUGUUGAGAAAAAAAGAGCAGAAGUAAAAUAAAAUAACAGUAGGGAGGCUAUUUAUACAGGGGGGUACCGGUGCAGAGUCAAUGUGCGGGGGCACCGGCUAAUUGAGGUAGUUGAAGUAAUAUGUACAUGUGGGUAGAGUUAAAGUGACUAUGCAUAAAUAAUUAACAGAGUAGCAGCAGCGUAAAAAGAUGGGGUGGGUGGGCAGUGCAAAUAGUCCGGGUAGCCAUGAUUAGCUGUUCAGGAGUCUUAUGGCUUGGGGGUAGAAGCUGUUGAGAAGUCUUUUGGACCUAGACUUGGCACUCCGGUACCGCUUGCCGUGCGGUAGCAGAGAGAACAGUCUAUGACUAGGGUGGCUGGAGUCUUUGACAAUUUUGAGGGCCUUCCUCUGACACCGCCUGGUAUAGAGGUCCUCGAUGGCAGGAAGCUUGGCCCCAGUGAUGUACUGGGCUCUACCCUCUGUAGUGCCUUGCGGUCGGAGGCCAAGCAGUUGCCAUACCAGGCGGUGAUGCAACCAGUCAGGAUGCUCUCGAUGGUGCAGCUGUAGAAUAUUUUGAGGAUCUGAGGACCCAUGCCGAAUCUUUUCAGUCUCCUGAGGGGGAAUAGGCUUUGUCGUGCCCUCUUCACGACUGUCUUGGUGUGUUUGGACCAUGAUAGUUUGUUGGUGAUGUGGACACCAAGGAACUUGAAGCUCUCAACCUGUUCCACUACAGCCCCGUCGAUGAGAAUGGGGGCGUGCUCAGUCCUCUUUUUUUUCCUGUAGUCCACAAUCAUCUCCUUUGUCUUGGUCACGUUGAGGGAGAGGUUGUUAUCCUGGCACCACACGGCCAGGUCUCUGACCUCCUCCCUAUAGGCUGUCUCAUCGUUGUCGGUGAUCAGGCCUACCACUGUUGUGUCGUCGGCAAACUUAAUGAUGGUGUUGGAGUCGUGCCUGGCCAUGCAGUCAUGGGUGAACAGGGAGUACAGGAGGGGACUGAGCACGCACCCCUGAGGGGCCCCCGUGUUGAGGAUCAGUGUGGCAGAUGUGUUGUUACCUACCCUUACCACCUGGGGGCGGCCCGUCAGGAAGUCCAGGAUCCAGUUAGCAGAGGGAGGUGUUUAGUCCCAGGAUCCUUAGCUUAGUGAUGAGCUUUGAGGGCACUAUGGUGUUGAAUGCUGAGCUGUAGUCAAUGAAUAGCAUUCUCACGUAGGUGUUCCUCUUGUCCAGGUGGGAAAGGGCAGUGUGGAGUGCAAUAGAGAUUGCAUCAUCUGUGGAUCUGUUGGGGCGGUAUGCAAAUUGGAGUGGGUCUAGGAUUUCUGGGAUAAUGGUGUUGAUGUGAGCCAUGACCAGCCUUUCAAAGCACUUCAUGGCUACAGACGUCAGUGCUACGGGUCGGUAGUCAUUUAGGCAGGUUAUCUUAGUGUCCUUGGGCUCACAUAGUCAUCCGGAACAGCUGGUGCUCUCAUGCAUGAUUCAGUGUUGCUUGCCUCGAAGCGAGCAUAGAAGUGGUUUAGCUCGUCUGGUAGGCUUGUGUCACUGGGAAGCUCGCGGCUGUGCAUCCCUUUGUAGUCUGUAAUAGUUUUCUAGCCCUGCCACAUCCGAUGAGCGUCAGAGCCGGUGUAGUACAAUUCAAUCUUAGUCCUGUAUUGACUCUUUGCCUGUUUGAUGGUUUGUCGGAGGGCAUAGCGGGAUUUCUUAUAAGCGUCCGGGUUAGAGUCCCGCUCCUUGAAAGCGGCAGCUCUACCCUAGCUCAGUGCGGAACUCGUAACUCGUUUCCUGUAAUCCAUGGCUUCUGGUUGGGGUAUGUACGUACGGUCACUGUGGGGACGACAUCAUCGAUGCACUUAUUGAUGAAGCCAGUGACUGAUGUGGUGUACUCCUCAAUGCUAUCUGAAGAAUCCCGGAACAUGUUCGUUUGUGCUAGCAAAACAGUCCUGUAGCUUAGCAUCUGCGUCAUCUGACCACUUUUUUAUUAACCUAGUCACUGGUGCUUCCUGCUUUAGUUUUUGCUUAUAAGCAGGAAUCAGUAGGAUAGAGUUAUGGUCAGAUUUGCCAAAUGGAGGGCGAGGGAGAGCUUUGUAUGCGUCUCUGUGUGUGGAGUAAAGGUGGUCUAGAGUUUUUUUUCCUCUGGUUGCACAUUUAACAUGCUGGUAGAAAUUAGGUAGAACGGAUUUAAGUUUCCCUGCAUUAAAGUCCCCGGCCACUAGGAGCGCUGCCUCUGGAUGAGCGUCAGUGUGAGUGUCCAUGAUUGAGUCUUUGAAUGAAGAGAUGGAGAUAAAACAUUGAUUUGCAAUGACUCCAGUGAUGGGGUCAUCAUUUCAAUCACUGAAUUAAAUAUUAAUAAUAUGUAUAUAUACUGAAUAUGCUUGUCAACAACAGCCAGUGUUUAUUUUUUAAAUGUUUUUAUUUUAUUUAUUCCUGUACCCUAAUCUGACUACUGUUAUCGUCAAUCUAAUGCGUUCUAACUGAUCGGCAAUUGCUAUAGAGCUUUGAUAACUUCCAAUUUAAUUAACUAAACAUGUCCAUUAAUAAUUGCAUACUAACAUAAGGCAACAACAACAAUAAACUGAAGUUAUAGGCUAUUUAUUCAAUUGGUUUGCCAGCUCCAGGUAGGCUACACAAGGGGGCACAUUGACUUGCAAUAACUCCAGUGAUAUCAUUUCAACAUAUUUAUUGUGUCAAAUGGUAGCCUACAAUGGUAUAUCAAUUAAUAGGCUACUUGAUGGCCAACAGAGGCAAAUUGAUCAUUCUCCACAUAAUGUCAGUUUGAUUGAGGACUUUUCCCCAUAAAAAGAACCACGUGAGGGAGUUCCAUAACUUCCAUUUCAAAUGUCCACUCGGGCAGCCCCCGAUACCUAAGAACUGAGCAUGCAUAAAACACUUCGCUUGAUACCGUUUUCUUUCAGCAAAGGCAACAUUAGAAUGCAGUUUAAACCACCUCCUAGUGAAUUUAUGUAAUGGGCUCUAGUGCGCCCAAAGUCGUUUUCCAGUGCUUUGUCGCCAUCAUUUAUUGACGUGCAUCAGUUCUAGCUUAAUUCAUAUGUUUUACGGGAAAAGGGUUAGAAAUCGGUGUCUCCAUAAUGACAAUCUAAGUAGCCUACCUACAACUGGUAAAAAGUUGUCAGCGUACUGCUGCCUCCUCUCGCUCACGCGACUCAGCCAAUAGCCGUAGCACAGAUAGAACAAUGGUUUAGUUAUACACAUCUUUGGCUGUAGCGCUUUCUCAACACACACACACACACACACACACACACACACACACACACACACACACACACACACACACACACACACCCCUCCGGCCCUCCCCUCCACUCACUCACUCAGCAACAGCCUCCUCACUGCCUGACAGUCAGAAAGCAGGUCACAGUGAAAUAUAUAUAUAUUUUUUAAAAGAGAAAUGCCAUGGCGGCCGCGGUGCAAUUUCGAUAUAGGCCAAAACCCCGCAACCAAUACAUUUUUACCCGCGACAUUGUUUUCCAAGUAGCCCAAUUUAGCCGGAAAACCGAGAAAAUGACAACACUGCCCCGCCCCUUCUUCUGUAGGGUUUAUCGGCGGCUGGCAUCCAACGUUACUGUGCGUUACCGCCACCUACCGCACUGGAGCGCCCCCGCCUCCCGCCUGUCCAAGCAUAAAAAUUGACAAAUAGAAGUAUAAAGAGGGGUUCUUGCAAAUGCAGGAACGCCCCGAAUUGCACCCUUCUCAUAUAAGCUACUGUAAGUGAUUCAUUUGAUAAAAACGUAGGCUACAUUUGAAUUGGGUAGCUUUGAUCCGUUAUAUAUUUUUGAUUGGUCGAAAUUCAUGGGCCCUUGGUAUGCAUACAUUUAAUAUAAAUAUUCGAGUGAACGUUGAUAAAAAUCUGCUACCCACCAAUACCAUAUAUCAAGGCUUUUCACUGUACUUAUACAUGUGUCAUUAAAACAUAUAUCAAGUAAUUUUUUAAGUAACAUUUUACACAACGGUGUCGUGAAAGAGAUAUAUUUGGUUUUAAUUUUGUCACUCAAUAAUAUUCCACCAAUCGCCACACAGGCCUCAACGAGUUGCUAGGAAGAAUAUGGUAAUAUAUGCAAUGCAGCCACCUCUGCAGCUACCAUUCUGAGGUAAGAACAACUUCAACGUUUUCAUUAAAUAUAGCAAAACUCGAGAGAAUUUCUGCUUCAUUCCAAAAAGUUCAAUUUCUAGAUGACUUCCUUGUAAGUAUCAAUCAAAAUCUCGCUACCGGGUAACACAUUUAUAUCGAUAGAAAUAUACAGAUUUUCGUUUGGUCGCUUCAAAUGUGGUUGUUGUUGUUUAGUCCCACCCAAAAUGGAGCCUCUUCUUCCUUGUUCUCCGGCGGCUCCAGGCUCGGCUCAACUAGAAGGGGGGACGGGUGGGUCUAGCCCAAAUAUUUGGGCCCCCGUCAAUUUAUAGACCAUUUGACAAAUACAGCACAGCAUUACUAAUGUUAUGGAUCCGAUUUGCGAUGUACAUUUUCAAGGUCGGCCAUACAUUGGCGUUAAAUGUGAUAAUGCGGGGGCCGAGGCGCAGUAAAUGCCCGGGUUUCUGCAGCGCUGAUUUUUGUGGUAUGGUCCGGUUGGAACCGACAACCUGAGGGGUCAGAGCAGGGGGGAAAUACACCGAAUAUACACGAUACGGGCGAUAUGUGUUUAAACUAGAAAAAUAACACCAUGUCACACAUUGCGCGUUAUCGAUGCAAAAGGGUCCAGUUUUGACUCCAUUUUCCUCGCGCGCUCGCCGGUGCUCAUUCGGCGGCGUUUCUGUCCUACCCCCGGUAGAGUGGUUAGUUUGACUGUUCUUUGCGAUAAAAACCCGGCAUGCUGGUUUAUUUGGGUUAUUUAGCCCUGUCAAUGGAAUGGUAGUUAGCAAGCUCACCAUCCCAAAUAUGAAUGUCACGAUCUUACCCUCUGCAACAUGUGUGACUGAUAGCUACAUUGUUAGCAAUACAAGCUAAGCUAGCUAACAUACGUCGCCCCCAUUGUACAAAAGGGCGCAGUCCAACACGCACCAGCUGAAAUACAAAUCUCCAUCCUCUCGCUAGACUAUUCUACGUAACUGGUCAGGUGCUAUGAUAAUGCAAUCAAUGCCCGUUCAUAAAUGAAACAUCAGAAAGAUAAUUGUGUUGCUCUGAAUGCAUUUCUGAAAGAGAAAACAAACUAUUCAUACAUUUGUAACCACAGUAAUAUAGUUACUGUAGCUAAUCAACAAACAGCAUGCCAGACAGUUAUACACAAUGUAUUUGCGUCAAUGCAUUUUGCACUCUGAUGUGCUUUGUAAACAAUAUUACCAUCUAAUUUCCACAUUAGAAAUGGUCUAUUUGUAAAAACAAAUACAAAAAAAAUAGGCCUAAGAUACAGUAAAUAUAAAAAAAAAAAGAAAUAUUUCCCACAUUAACUUACAGCCCUGUCAUCACAGAGUUUUUAAACCAUGUAUUCUCUUUGCUGUGGUUGUCAUCAGUGUGCAUCCUAACUCUAUGUGCUGUGGUUGUCAUGUGAUCAUCAGUACAUUCUAACUCCUGUGCUGUGGUUGUCAUGUGAUCAUCAGUACAUCCUAACUCUAUGUGCUGUGGUUGUCAUGUGAUCAUCAGUACAUUCUAACUCCAUGCUGUGGUUGUCAUGUGAUCAUCAGUACAUUCUAACUCCAUGCUGUGGUUGUCAUGUGAUCAUCAGUACAUUCUAACUCAUCCUGGAGCUGCCAGCAGCUGCGGUUGGUGUGAUCAGGUGGUGACCGUGGUAACGGGAUCCGGCUGCAGCCAUGGAGACCAAGCAGGAAACAUCCCCUGUGUGGAGCCAGGCAGGAAACAGCGAAUCAGGGAAUGCCACUCAGGUGACUGAUACUGUAACUGUACUCCACAUGUGUCCAACUCAUUGUCGUCCCACCCUUCUACCUGAUUGAUGAAUUAAGGUCACUAAUUAGUAAGGAACUACCCUCACCUGGUUGUCUUACUUGAAAGGAAAAACCUGCAAACACUCUGCCAUCUGUGGAAUGAGUUUGACACCCCUUCUGUACUCACUCAUGUCUUACAAGUAGGGCGAAGUUGCCCCUAGAUGCAGAUCUUGGGCCAGUUUUGCAUUUCCCUCACUAAUGGUUAAAGGGAUACUUCGGGAUGCUGGCAACGAGGCCCUUUAUCUACCUCCCCGGAGUCAGAUGAACUGGUGGAUACCAUUUUUAUUUCUCUGUGUUCAGUAAGAAGGAAGUUGGAGGUAGUUUUGUGAGCCCAAUGCUAACUAGCGUUAGCACAAUGACUGGAAGUCUAUGGGUAUCUGCUAUCGUGCACAACUUCCUUCAAACUGCACGCAGAGACAUACAAAUGGAGUUCAUCUGACUCUGGGUAAAUAGAUUAAGGGCCUCAUUGCCAACAUCCCGAAGUAUCCCUUUAAGGUUAGGAUUGGGGCAGGAGAAGCUUAUCCUAGAUCUGUAUCUAGGGGAAACUCAGGUCUGUCUUGCAUUGUUAGGAGGGUCCAUUCAGUUUAAUUCAGGAUCUUCAUCGAAACUCAUUGAAACAAUGGGACAUUUUAAAAUCAUGAAUAGCCCUAGUUCACGAUUACGUUCUGUGUCUCUCUCUCUCUGUGUCUCUCUCUGUGUCUCUCUCUCUCUGUGUCUCUCUCUGUCUCUGUCUCUGUGUGUUGCAGGUGCAUUUUGAGGGGGGUACAGUAGCCCAGAUAGUGUACAGUGGAGAACAGCAGGACAGAGGGCAGCAGCAGGUGGUCUACACAGCAGACGGUAACUCCUACACAUCUGUGGAGUCUGCAGAACACACGCUGGUCUACAUCCACCCGGCCGACGGAUCAGCGGUGAGGAACACGGGGCCUUUUACAGGACAUUUCCGUUGUACUUUAUUCUCACGUACUUAUAAGAACUGUUCUAUUCUAUGUGUAUUGACCUGUGGUUUUCCAGGGUGUGUUUUCAGACCAGCCUCAGGUGGCCUACAUUCAACAGGAUGGUACUACGCAACAGGUACGUUUUAUUUACACUAUUCUUUUUCAUGGACUUGUAUUAAAAAUAAAAUAAUGAAUUUUAAUGCAAAUGGACAAUACAAGUUUUAUCAUAUUGUUAUCGUACAUAACUUGACCAGGGGGGGAAAAAAACUCUGGUACUCAGUUAUUUCUCUGUCAGGUCAAGCGGAGCUCUGGGUCCUAAGUAGAAAUGUUGCGUGUUAUUCUCUCUCUUGCCACCAGGUGACAGUGUUGUUGCCCAGUGGCCAGAACAUGAACGCUGCCAACCUUCAUGUCCUCAGUAACGUGGCCGAGGCUCCACAGGCCCUCCUGGAGCCAGUUACACAGGUGAGGAGUCGGUAGUGCUGAACGAUUUAGUGCUUUUUGAGGUCGGUUCGGUUUCAGUUCGAUAGUGCAUUUAAUGUUUUAAAAAAUGAUGUGGGUUAAGUGCUUUAACAACACAGAAUAAAACUAUUAAUAAAAGUCCCAUGGUGGUAGUGACUGUCCAUUACUGCUUAUCACUUAUUUACCAUCAUUUAUUCACAUGACUUUACUUUAAUAAAACAUUUCAGUUUUUGAGUAUAUUAUUAUUUUUAUUCCAAGUCAUCUCAUCUCUGAAGAGUUGCUGCCUAUGAUGUCUGACAAAAUCACUAUUUUAGUGGUUCUUCAAAGUAAAUAAGGCAGACUUUUAUGAUUGCUGAAUACCAACUAUCAGUCAGUUAGAUCAUGUAUUUUCAGGUAGAGAUCCCUCUUGAAGCAGCUGCUCUCUGUCCCUCUCCAUCGCUCAUUCUCCUGUCUCUUCUCUCUGUCCCUCUCCAUCGCUCAUUCUCCUGUCUCUUCUCUCUGUCCCUCUCCAUCGCUCAUUCUCCUGUCUCUUCUCUCUGUCCCUCUCCAUCGCUCAUUCUCCUGUCUCUUCUCUCUGUCCCUCUCCAUCCCUCUCUCCAUCGCCCUUCAUCCCAUUCUCCUGUCUCUUCUCUCUGUCCCUCUCCAUCGCUCAUUCUCCUGUCUCUUCUCUCUGUCCCUCUCUCCAUCGCUCAUUCUCCUGUCUCUUCUCUCUGUCCUCUCCAUCUCAUUCUCCUGUCUUCUCUCUUCCCUCUCAUCGCUCAUUCUCCGUCCUUUCUCUGUCCUCUCCCAUCGCUCAUUCUCCUGUCCUCUUCCUCUUCCCUCUCCUCGCUCAUGCAUCUCCUGUCUCUUCUCUCUGUCCCUCUCCAUCGCUCAUUCUCCUGUCUCUUCUCUCUGUCCCUCUCCAUCGCUCAUUCUCCCCUCUCGCUCUUCUUCCUCUCUGUCCCUCUCCAUCGCUCAUUCUCCUGUCUCUUCUCUCUGUCCCUCUCCAUCGCUCAUUCUCCUGUCUCUUUCUCUCUGUCCCUCUCCAUCGCUCAUUCUCCUGUCUCUUCUCUCUGUCCCUCUCCAUCGCUCAUUCUCCUGUCUCUUCUCUCUGUCCCUCUCCAUCGCUCAUUCUCCUGUCUCUUCUCUCUGUCCCUCUCCAUCGCUCAUUCUCCUGUCUCUUCUCUCUGUCCCUCUCCAUCGCUCAUUCUCCUGUCCUCUUCUCUCUGUCCCUCUCCAUCGCUCAUUCUCCUGUCUCUUCUCUCUGUCCCUCUCCAUCGCUCAUUCUCCUGUCUCUUCUCUCUGUCCCUCUCCAUCGCUCAUUCUCCUGUCUCUUCUCUCUGUCCCUCUCCAUCGCUCAUUCUCUGUCUCUUCUCUCUGUCCCUCUCCAUCGCUCAUUCUCCUGUCUCUUCUCUCUGUCCCUCUCCAUCGCUCAUUCUCCUGUCUCUUCUCUCUGUCCCUCUCCAUCGCUCAUUCUCCUGUCUCUUCUCUCUGUCCCUCUCCAUCGCUCAUUCUCCUGUCUCUUCUCUCUGUCCCUCUCCAUCGCUCAUUCUCCUGUCUCUUCUCUCUGUCCCUCUCCAUCGCUCAUUCUCCUGUCUCUUCUCUCUGUCCCUCUCCAUCGGCUCAUUCUCCUGUCUCUUCUCUCUGUCCCUCUCCAUCGCUCAUCUCCUGUCCUCUUCUCUCUGUCCCUCUCCAUCGCUCAUUCUCCUGUCUCUUCUCUCUGUCCCUCUCCAUCGCUCAUUCUCCUGUCUCUUCUCUCUGUCCCUCUCCAUCGCUCAUUCUCCUGUCUCUUCUCUCUGUCCCUCUCCAUCGCUCAUUCUCCUGUCUCUUCUCUCUGUCCCUCUCCAUCGCUCAUUCUCCUGUCUCUUCUCUCUGUCCCUCUCCAUCGCUCAUUCUCCUGUCUCUUCUCUCUGUCCCCUCUCCAUCGCUCAUUCUCCUGUCUCUUCUCUCUGUCCCUCUCCAUCGCUCAUUCUCCUGUCCUCUUCUCUCUGUCCCUCUCCAUCGCUCAUUCUCCUGUCUCUUCUCUCUGUCCCUCUCCUCGCUCAUUCUCCUGUCUCUUCUCUCUGUCCCUCUCCAUCGCUCAUCUCCUGUCCUUCUCUCUGUCCCUCUCCAUCCUCAUUCUCCCUGUCUCUUCUCUCUGUCCCUCUCCAUCGCUCAUUCUCCUGUCUCUUCUCUCUGUCCUCCUCCAUCGCUCAUCUCACUGUCCUUCGUCUCUUCCUCUCAUUCUUCUCCUGUCUCUCUUGUUCUUCAGCCUUCUUUCUCUCUUCUCUCUUCACGCCUCUCAUCUCUCAUUUCGUUUCCUGUCUUUCUUCUUUCCUCUCAACUCGACAAUAGCCUCGCAUCAUGAAGCCUUUUGGCGUUUACCAUUUAAUACGUUAAUGUUCCUUGACUAUACAGUGCAUUCAGAUACAGUACUUUCAGACCCCUUUUGGCACUUUUUCCUCAUCAUUCUUGUUGACGCUUACAAGCCUUUCAUCUAAACCUGUAUUUCGUUUUCUCCCAUUCUCUCCCUCCUCUCAACUACACCAGUGAUGAGCGCCUCACAAGCAAAGUUUCUAGAGAAUGUUGAAUGGUUUAAAUACCGGAAAUCAUUACAUUGCAUCAAGUAUUCAGACCCUUUCCUCAGUACUUUGUUAAAGCACCUUUGGCAGCGAUUAUAGCCUCGAGUCUUCUUGGGUAUGACGCUACAAGCUUGGCACACCUGUAUUUGGGGAGUUUCUCCCAUUCUUCUCUGCAGAUCCUCUCAAGCUCUGUCAGGUUGGAUGGGGAGCGUCGCUGCACAGCUAUUUUCAGGUCUCUCCAGAGAUGUUAGAUCGGGUUCAAGUCCGGGCUCUGGCUGGGCCACUCAAGGACAUUCAGAGACUUGUCCCGAAGCCACUCCUGCGUUGUCUUGGCUGUGUGUUUAGGGUCGUUGUCUUGUUGGAAGGUGAACCUUCGCCCCAGUCUGAGGUCCUGAGCGCUCUGGAGCAGGUUUUCAUCAAGGAUCUCUCUGUACUUUGCUCCGUUCAUCUUUCCCUUGAUCCUGACUAGUCUCCCAGUCCCUGCCGCUGAAAAACAUCCCCACAGCAUGAUGCUGCCACCACCAUGCUUCACCGUAGGGAUGGUGCCAGGUUUCCUCCAGACGUGAUGCUUGGCAUUCAUGCCAAAGAGUUCAAUCUUGGUUUCAUCAGACCAGAUAAUCUUGUUUCUGAUCAAAACAAAUCAAAUGUUAUUUUUCACAUGCGCCGAAUACAACAGGUGUAGACCUUACAGUGAAAUGCAUACUUACAAGCCCUUAACCAACAAUGCAAUUGAAAGAAAAAUAAGUGUUAAGUAAACAAUAGAUAAGCAGUAAAAUAACAGUAAAAAAAACAGUAGUGAGGCUAUAUACAGGGGGUACCAGUACAGAGUCAAUGUACAGGGACACCGGUUAGUCCAGGUAAUUGAGGUGAUAUAUACAGUACCAGUCAAAAGUUUUAGAACACCUUUUUUGGUUACUACAUGAUUCCAUAUGUGUUAUUUCACAGUUGUGAUGUCUUCACUAUUAUUCUACAAUGUAGAAAUAGUAAAAAUAAAGAAAAACCCUGGAAUGAGGAGGUGUGUCCAGACUCUUGACCGGUACUGUACAUGUAGGUAUAGUUAAAGUGACUGUGCAUAGAUAAUAAACAGAGAGUAACAGCAGUGUAAAGGGGGGGGGGGGUAGUCUGGGUAGCCAUGAUUAGCUGUUCAGGAGUCUUAUGGCUUGGGGGUAGAAGCUGUUAAGAAGCCUUUUGGACCUAGACUUGGCGCUCUGGUAUCGCUUGCCGGGCAGUAGCAGAGAGAACAGUCUAUAACUAGGGUGGCUGGAGUAUUUGACAAUUUUUUAGGGCCUUCCUCUGACACUGCCUGGUAUAGAGGUCCUGGAUGGCAGGAAGCUUGGCCCCAGUGAUGUACUGGAUCGUACUCACUACCCUCUGCAGUGCCUUGCGGUCGGAGGCCGAGCAGUUGCCAUACCAGGCAGUGAUGCAACCAGUCAGGAUGCUCUCGAUGGUGCAGCUGUAGAACCUUUUGAGGAUCUGAGGACCCAUGCCAAAUAUUUUCAGUCUCCAGCGGGGGAAUAGGCUUUGUCGUGGCCUCUUCACGACUGUCUUGGUGUCCUUGGACCAUGUUAGUUAGUUUGUUGGUUAUGUGGACACCAAGGAACUUGAAGCUCUCAACCUGCUCCACUACAGCCCCGUCGAUGAGAAUGGGGGUGUGCUCAGUCCUCAUCUUUUUCCUGUUGUACACAAUCCAUCUCCUUUGUCUUGGUCACGUUGAGGGAGAGGUUGUUAUCCUGGCACCACACUACCAGGUCUCUGACCUCCUCCCUAUAGGCUGUCUCAUCAUUGUCGGUGAUCAGGCUUACAACUGUUGUGUCGUCGGCAAACUUAAUAAUGGUGUUGGAGUCGUGCCUGGCCAUGCAGUCAUGGGUGAACAGGGAGUACAGGAGGGGACUGAGCACACACCCCUGAGGGGCCCCCGUGUUGAGGAUCAUGUGUUGUUACCUACCCUUACCACCUGGGGGCGGCCCGUCAGGAUGUCCAGGAUCCAGUUGCAGAGGGAGGUGUUUAAUCCCAGGGUCCUUAGCUUAGUGAUGAACCAUGUUGGUAUUACGGACUCAGUCAGGGACAGGUUGAAAAUGUCAGUGAAGACACUUGCCAGUUGGUCAGCGCAUGCUCCGAGUACACGUCCUGGUAAUCCGUCUGGCCCUGCUGCCUUGUGAAUGUUGAACUGCUUUAAAGUCUUACUCACAUCGGUUACGGAGAGCGUGAUCACAUAGUCAUCUGGAACAGCUGAUGCUCUCAUGCAUGCUUCAGUGUUGCUUGCCUCGAAGCGAGCAUAGAAGGGUUUUAGCUCAUCUGGUAGGCUUGUGUCACUGGGCAGCUCGCGGCUGCGCUUCCCUUUGUAGUCUGUAAUAGUUUGCAAGCCCUGCCACAUCCGACCAGCGUCAGAGCCGGUGUAGUACGAUUCGAUCUUAGUCCUGUAUUGACUCUUUGCCUGUUUGAUGGUUCGUCGAAGGGCAUAGCAGGAUUUCUUAUGAGCGUCCGGGUUAGAGUCCCGCUCCUUAAAAGCGCUAGCUCUACCCUUUAGCUCAGUGCUGAUGUUGCCUGUAAUCCAUGGCUUCUGGUUGGGGUAUGUACGUACGGUCACUGUGGGGACGACGUCAUCGAUGCAUUUAUUGAUGAAGCCGGUGACUGAGGUGGUAUACUCCUCAACGCUAUCUGAAGAAUCCCGGAACAUAUUCCAUUCUGUGCUUGGAGACCUACAGGAGGGUGGCGCUCCAGGAACAGGGUUGGAGUGAACACCUACAGGAGGGUAGGUCUCCAGGAACAGGGUUGGAGUGAACACCUAGAGAAGGGUAGGUCUCCAGGAACAGGGUUGGAGUGAACCUACAGGAGGGUAGGUCUCCAGGAACAGGGUUGGAGUGAACCUACAGGAGGGUAGGUCUUCAGGAACAGGGUUGGAGUGAACCUACAGGAGGGUAGGUCUCCAGGAACAGGGUUGGAGUGAACCUACAGGAGGGUAGGUCUUCAGGAACAGGGUUGGAGUGAACCUACAGGAGGGUAGGUCUCCAGGAACAGGGUUGGAGUGAACACCUAGAGGAGAGUAGGUCUCCAGGAACAGGGUUGGAGUGAACCUACAGGAGGGUAGGUCUUCAGGAACAGGGUUGGAGUGAACCUACAGGAGGGUAGGUCUCCAGGAACAGGGUUGGAGUGAACCUACAGGAGGGUAGGUCUCCAGGAACAGGGUUGGAGUGAACACCUAGAGAAGGGUAGACUCAUUAUAGUUCACCAGGGCCUGUACAUCAUUUCUAUUUGUUUGGAUACAUGCGUGUUCAACAGGGUUAACACCUAAUAAGUACCUUUUAUUCUUUCCAUCCCAGGGUCAGCUGUCUGUGUCUGGGAUGGUUGACCCCUCCUCCAGCCCCCUGGGGGCCACAUCCACUGAGGACUCUGACGAAGAGGAUGAUGAGGACGACGAGGACUCGGACCUAGAUGACUGGGAGCCUAGCGCGCCACAGUCCUUCACACCACACAACCUCUGUGAGUGUCUUUACCUCCCUGGUGACGGGGCCUUCUGGGCGUCUACUAGGGACAGGACCAAUAGUGCUCUGUGUUAAUACUGACAGUUAAAUAUGAGAAUGAAGCCAUUCUCUCUCUGUUUUCUGCCUCUCUCUGUCUUGGACCCACUCCAUCUGGGAUUCUGGGACCCUCACUGACAUACUUUCAUUCUCUCCUUUCUAACCUCUCUCCCUCCCUCUCCUCCUUCAAACCUCUCUCCUCCCCUCCCCCCCCCCCCCUCUCCCCCCUUUUCCUCUCCCCCCCCCUCCCUUCCCCCUUUUCCCCCUCCCCCCCUCCCCCCCCUCUCUCCUUUCUAACCUCUCUCCCCUUUCUCCACUCUCCCCCCCCCCCUCCCCUCCUUCUCCUCUCUCCCCCCCCCUCCCCCCUUUUCUCCUUUCUCCCCUCCCCCCUCCCCUCCUUUAAAACCUCCUCCCCCCCCCCCUCCCCUCUACCCUUUCAACCCUCUUCCCCCCUCUCCCCUUUUUUUUAAAACCUCUCCCCCCUCCCCCUCUCUCCUUUCAAACCCCCCUUUCUCUCCCCCCUCCUCCCCCCCCCCCUCUCCUCCCUCUCUCUCCUUCAAACCUCCCCCCCCCCCCUCUCUCCUUUUAAACCUCUCCCCCCCCUCCCUCUCCUUUCUCCCCUUCUUCCCUCCCUCUCCCUUUCCACCCUCCCCCUCCCCCCUCUCCUUUCACCUUUUCCCCCCUCCCUCUCUCCCCUUUUCAACUCUUCUCCAUCCCUCUCUCCCCUUUUCUACCCUCUCCCAUCCCCUCUCCCUUUCUAACCUCUCUCCAUCCCCUCUCUCCUUUUUAAACCCCUCCCUCCCCUCUCCUCCUUUCAAAAAACCUCUCCCCCCCCUCCCCCCCCCCCCUUUUUUCCCCUCCCUCUCCCUCUCUCUCUCCUUUCUAACCUCUUCCCCCCCCUCCCCCCUUUUUUCCCUAACCUCCUCCCCCCUUUCCCCUUUCUCCCCUCUCUCCCUCCCUCUCUCCAUCCCCUCUCUCUCCUUUCUAACCUCUCUCCCUCCCUCUCUCUCCUUUCUAACCUCUCCCCUCCCCCCCUCCUUUCUAACCUCUCUCCCUCCCUCUCUCCUUUCUAACCUCUCUCCCCCCUCUCUCUUCCUUCAACCUCCUCCCUCCCUCUCUCUCCUUUCUAACCUCUCUCCCUCCCUCUCUCUCCUUUCUAACCUCUCUCUCCUUUCUAACCUCUCUCCCUCCUCUCUCUCAGGGUGUGAGGAGUGUAACAACUCCAACCCGUCAGUGUGUGUGAAGCACGGUGCCCUCCACCCCAUCCCCAACCGUCCAGUGGUCUCCCGGGCCCGUGCCAGCCUCCCCCUCAUUCUCUACAUAGACCGCUUCCUAGGGGGAGUCUUCUCCAAGAGACGCAUCCCCAAGAGGACCCAGUUCGGCCCCGUGGAGGGACCCCUGGUCAGACAGGGAGAACUUCACGACCACUACAUCCACCUCAAGGCAAGUUAACCUCUCUGUUUGCUUUCUAGAAUAAUAAUAAUAAUAAGGUGCAGCUAUAGCCUGUAUACUUUAAUGUCUUAUCAAAUGGUUCCCUUGUGGGAAAUUAUCAAAUGGUUCCCUUGUGGGAAAUGAUCAAAUGGUCCCCUUGUGGGAAAUGAUGAAAUGGUCCCCUUGUGGGAAAUGAUGAAAUGGUCCCCUUGUGGGAAAUGAUCAAAUGAUCCCCUUGUGGGAAAUGAUCAAAUGGUCCCCUUGUGGGAAAUGAUCAAAUGGUCCCCUUGUGGGAAAUGAUGAAAUGGUCCCCUUGUGGGAAAUGAUGAAAUGGUCCCCUUGUGGGAAAUUAUCAAAUGGUCCCCUUGUGGGAAAUGAUCAAAUGGUCCCCUUGUGGGAAAUGAUCAAAUGGUCCCCUUGUGGGAAAUGAUCAAAUGGUCCCCUUGUGGGAAAUGAUCAAAUGGUCCCCUUGUGGGAAAUGAUCAAAUGGUCCCCUUGUGGGAAAUGAUCAAAUGUAGUUGUUCCUGACUAUAUAUUAGUUCCUGACUAUAUACUGUGCUGUUCUUGCCUACAGUGGCUUGCGAAAGUAUUCACCCCCCUUGGCAUUUUUCCUAUUUUGUUGCCUUACAAUCUGGAAUUAAAAUUGAUUUUUGGGGGGUUUGUAUCAUUUGAUUUACACAACAUGCCUACCACUUUGAAGAUGCAAAAUAUUUUUUUUGUGUGAAACAAACAAGAAAUAAGACAAGAAAAACAGAACUUGAGCGUGCAUAACUAUUCACCCCCCCAAAGUCAAUACUUUGUAGAGACACCUUUUGCAGAAAUUACAGCUGCAAGUCUCUUGGGGUAUGUCUCUAUAAGCUUGGCACAUCUAGCCACUGGGAUUUUUGCCCAUUCUUCAAGGCAAAACUGUUCCAGCUCCUUCAAGUUGGAUGGGUUCCGCUGGUGUACAGCAAUCUUUAAGUCAUACCACAGAUUCUCAAUUGGAUUGAGGUCUAAGCUUUGACUAGGCCAUUCCAAUACAUUUAAAUGUUUCCCCUUAAACCACUCAAGUGUUGCUUUAGCAGUAUGCUUAGGGUCAUUGUCCUGCUGGAAGGUGAACCUCCGUCCCAGUCUCAAAUCUCUGGAAGACUGAAACAGCUUUCCCUAAAUAAUUUCCCUGUAUUUAGCGCCAUCCAUCAUUCCUUCAAUACUGACCAGUUUCCCAGUCGCUGCCGAUGGAGAAACAUCCCCACAGCAGGAUGCUGCCACCACCAUGCUUCACUGUGGGGAUGUUGUUCUCGGGGUGAUGAGAGGUGUUGGGUUUGCGCCAGACAUAGCGUUUUCCUUGAUGGCCAAAAAGCUCAAUUUUAGUCUCAUCUUCCAUAUGUUUGGGGAGUCUCCCACAUGGCUUUUGGCAAACACCAAACAUGUUUGCUUAUUUUUUUCUUUAAGCAAUGGCUUUUUUCUGGCCACUCUUCCGUAAAGCCCAGCUCUGUGGAGUGUACGGCUUAAAGUGGUCCUAGGGACAGAUACUCCAAUCUCCGCUGGUCUUGGAGAGUGUCUCGCUGGUUUGGGCGGGGUGUCUGCUGAUCAAAUGUUCCUGAGGUGUUGGGUCUGCGGUUGAGGGCGAAAUCCUUUAGGGUCCGGGCGAAGGUGGGCACUGCUGCCUUGUAUAGGUGGACCUGGUCGUAAAGGCUGUUCACGUCCAGGGUGGAGUGGUGGGCCAGGUAGACGUUUAGUUUUGAUGCACAGUCACGGGAAAUACUUGCGUUUACCUGCAGUAUGGUAGCAGGGUGGAAGUAUUUUCGUGGGUAGCAGGGUGGAGAUAACCACUUGUGCGUUGGGGAAAGUAGAAGAAGCUUUUUCUAUCACUCCCUUGAGUGAUGUGGCCACCCUUUCCUGCUGUGUUCUCAGGUCGUUUGUGCCUGUGUAUAUUAUUAUGUGGCUGGGUGAUCCUAGUUGGUCCUCAGACAGAAGAUCUAGGGCGCGCUGGGUGUUUGGACACCAGAGUUUAGACACUGUGUUUGUUUUCUUGUAUGUAUUUCCCGUUUGAAUCCAUAAGGAGUACAAUCUGUGGCUUGUGUAUGUCCUCAGUGGGUGUGGAGGGGUCGUCAGGAGGGCUAUCAGGGUGGCUGACAGGGGGGGUGCUCAGAGGGGGUGGGAUCCCCUGGGCUUGGGGUUCUUCAUUUGUUUGUCUGGCUGUGAUGUCGAGGCUAUGGUCAGGGUCUGAGGUGGGCUGUUCUGCUGGCUUCUCUGCGGGGGUGGCCAGCUCUCUAAUGGGUUGUUCUCUGUCACCCGUCAUCGUUCUCACCUUCUCCUCCAGCACUAUGAUCCUCUCCUCUAGUGCUCUGUUCUUCUCCUGCUCCUGCUCCUGUUGAUGUUGUCUCACCACAGUCCAGAGUUCAGACAUGUCUCUCUCUACCUGCAGCUCUCCAGGUCUAGUUAAGGGGGUGUUGUUGUGCUGGACUGCUGUCUAGUAUCCUGAGUUUCCUCCAAUCGCUAACACCCCACCUCUUAACAGAGGGGUAGUGUGUUAAUAUAGCGCUGUGCCAUGCCAGGGGAUGGUCUGUGUGGAAGAUAAGGUUGCUUAUGUUCCCAUUUUUAUAAAAGUCAGCAAAAAGUGUCUCCUGAUUUCCCAUAAGGAGUUUCAUUUUGUACUCUUUUCGUGUCUUAUCAUUCUUUACAUUCAGAGAGUACUGUAUUUUAAUGACCUCUGAACAGUGGGGGGGUGCUUCUAAGGCCUCUCCAUUUGGUUGGGGUAGACUGUACGACUCUCCUGCCAUUGUUGGGCUCAAGGGCUUUGACACCUCUCACUUCACACGUCAGUGCUAAUUGAAGUUGUAUCUCUUUGUACUAACAAGCUUGGUAGCCUUAGCAUUCAGUCCUUAUAAAAUAAAAUAUAUCAUUAUAAUGUAUUUUUCUUCUUGUUUUUUAAAAGUAAAAAAUAGCUUCGGACUAAACAUUACCCACUCAGUUCCAGGUUGGAUGGUAGUUUCAGUUUGUUUGCCAGAGCAUUUGCUGUAUAGCUUGGGAUAGUAAUCCUUGGUAGUAGAAGCCUACCAGGUAAUUCCAUCCAAAAUCAGGUUGUAGGUUUGGACUUUUGGUUUGGAUUGAAGGUUAUAUUUACAUUUUACAUUUUUAGUCAUUUAGCAGACGCUCUUAUCCAGAGCGACUUACAGGAGCAAUUAGGGUUAAGUGCCUUGCUCAAGGGCACAUCGACAGAGCUUUAACCUAGUCGGCUCGGGGAUUAGAACCAGCAACCUUUCGGUUACUGGCACAACGCUCUUAACCACUAAGCUACCUGCCGCCCCUGUGGAGGGUAGCAUCCUGUAUAUGUCCCUGUGGAGGGUAGCAUCCUGUAUAUGUCCCUGUGGAGGGUAGCAUCCUGUAUAUGUCCCUGUGGAGGGUAGCAUCCUGUAUAUGUCCCUGUGGAGGGUAGCUUCCUGUAUAUGUCCCUGUGGAGGGUAGCAUCCUGUAUAUGUCCCUGUGGAGGGUAGCAUCCUGUAUAUGUCCCUGUGGAGGGUAGCAUCCUGUAUAUGUCCCUGCCAAAACAUUGAAGUUUAUCUAACUCUAAAUCUAUAUGUUUUGUAAAAACAUGUUGAAAAAUGCAGGAGCAAUGUCUUUGAGCUCUCUUUCUCUCUCCUCUCUCUCCUCUCUCUCCUCUCUCUCUGUAGCUGUGCAUGGUCUCUAACUCAUUUCUCUCUCCUCUCUCUCUGUAGCUGUGCAUGCUGGAUGCAGACAAGGACAUGGAGAAGUCGGAUGACAUGUGGGUGGACCUAUCUGACGAGGACAUCUGUAAUUGGCUGAUGUUUGUUAGGCCCGCGCAGAACCACCUGGAACAGAACCUGGUAGCCUAUCAGUACGGCUCUGAAAUCUUCUACACAACCAUCAAGAACAUCCAGCCCAAACAGGAACUCAAGGUAGGCUAACCGUGUCCUCAUCUAACCUAACCGUGUCCUCAUCUAACCUAACCGUGUCCUCAUCUAACCUAACCGUGUCCGAGAUCAUCACCGACUGAGCUAACUGAUCUGCAAAUUAUAAUCAGUAGUUAUUAUAAUCAGUAGUUAUUAUAAUCAGUAGUUAUUAUAAUCUGUAGUUAUUAGAAUCUGUAGUUAUUAGAAUCUGUAGUUAUUAGAAUCUGUAGUUAUUAGAAUCUGUAGUUAUUAGAAUCAGUAGUUAUUAGAAUCUGUAGUUAUUAGAAUCAGUAUUUAUUGAUGCAAGGUGAUUUGUAGAUUAGUCAGUCGUCAGUCACCGAUUGCAAUGUCUGGAACACACUGUUUCUAAUGAAAACACACAUGGUUGACUGCUCUCCAGAGAGGUAUGCUACGUAGCAGGUCUAUUCCAGAGAGGUAUGCUAAGAGAGGUAUGCUACGUGGCAGGUCUAUUCCAGAGAGGUAUGCUACGUGGCAGGUCUAUUCCAGAGAGGUAUGCUAAGAGAGGUAUGCUACGUGGCAGGUCUAUUCCAGAGAGGUAUGCUAAGAGAGGUAUGCUACGUGGCAGGUCUAUUCCAGAGAGGCAUACUACGUAGCAGGUAUAUUCCAGAGAGGUAUGCUACGUAGCAGGUCUAUUCCAGAGAGGUAUACUACGUAGCAGGUCUAUUCCAGAGAGGUAUGCUACGUAGCAGGUCUAUUCCAGAAAGGUAUACUACGUAGCAGGUAUAUUCCAGAGAGGUAUUCUACGUAGCAGGUAUAUUCCAGAGAGGUAUACUACGUAGCAGGUAUAUUCCAGAGAGGUAUUCUACGUAGCAGGUAUAUUCCAGAGAGGUAUACUACAUAGAGGGGUGGCUCACCUUUUAGCCAGGUACAUUUCUAUGGCAACGAAUCCUUCAGAACUAACCUGCUUAAUAACAAAAUAUUUAGCUGUGCGACCAGGAGUUUUAUUUUGUGAGCACUGUGUGACUAGGAAAACAAUCUCCCAGAUGAAAAUAGUUGUUGUAAUGAUAAGGCUGCGCUGUACCGUUGUUUCGGAGAGUGCUAAAGAAAGAAGCGAGUGCAGAUUCGAUAGCGUCAUGGUUGCACCAUUACUAUAGCAAAAAACAGCUUGCUUUGUAGCCCCCUACCAGGUUCUGUUAUCUGACUCAUAUUACCGGAGCAACAUUUUCAUCUUCCAGGACCAUUUUACAUUCAUAAACGUGUUGUGGGCCGUUCCAAAACUAAUUGCACGUCAUUAACCAUUUGUUUACACUUUUGUUUAGUCUGAGCCACGAGUUAUUGGCUAGCUAACUCACAGCCUGGGAACUUGACCAGUACAUAACAGACAGAAAGGAAAAUGGAUAUGUUCUCCAGGAGAUCAACGAUCACAGCAAUGAAUGAAUCACAGAUCUCUUGCAUGUUGUCAUCACAAACCUGAUUUUUUUUUUUUUUUUUAAAGAGGCAGUGUACCAUUUUCAAUGUAAUUCAUCUCAAUAGGAAAAUGGUGCUUUUACACAAUGUAGAAAACGAAUAUUCCACAAAUGACUUUGUAAUGUCAAUGACAGGUAUUCGUAUCAACAUUUUAGCUUUUAUAUAAUAAACUGUCUUUACAGUGUCACAUAUUAGUUUCUAGGGUACAACAUGUGCUUCAAAAGUAGCUAGAAUUCAAUAUAGGCCCAAUAUAGGCUGUAUCUAAAAAAAACAUCUGGUGCUUCUACAUUUUGUGUGGUGCUCCUAACUUUUUUAAGUUGGGAGCACCAGUGCUACCGAUUGUUUAAAUUUAUUUUUAGUUUAGAGCGCUGGUUACAAGCCUGCUAGAGUUAGCAGCAGGCGGACGAGCAAUGUCCACCGUCGUCGUACGGAUGAAGCCUGAGCUGGAAUGGGAAGCUAACUGACGCCGGUUAGCUGUAGAAAACAACUGAGUAGAUCUAGCUUGCGUCGUGGGAUACCCCUCAGAGCACAUUAUUAUAAGGAGCUGGAGUUUGUCCUGACUGUGUUUUGUUCUUUUCCCCAGGUGUGGUACGCAGCAUCAUAUGCCGAGUUUGUCAAUCAGAAGAUCCAUGAUGUCACGGAUGAGGAGAGGAAAGGUGAGACUCCAUGCUUCAUUGCUGUGGAACUGUAGCCCUGUCUAUGAUAGCAGUGAUGAUGAUCUCCAUCCUAAUGUUGUCUCUGCAGUGCUGUGGAGUAUGUCAGUACUGCAGUGCCUUCAGGAAGUAUUCAUACCCCUUGAGAAAUCAGCACAAUGUGGAAUAACUCCUCACCCAUAAUGACAAAGUGAAAAUAUGGUUUUAGAAAUUGUAGCAAAUUUAUUGAAAAUGAAAUACAGAAAUAUAUUUUUUACUGUAUUCACACCUCUUUUCUAUAACACUCCAAAUUGAGCUCCAGUGCAUCCUGUUUCCUUUGAUAGUCCUUGAUGUCACUACAACUUUGAUAGGAGUCCACACCUGUCUAUAUAAGGUCCCACAGUCUAUAUAAGGUUGACAGUGCAUGUCAGAGCAGAAACUAUAUCUGGGGAAGUGUAUAAAACAAUUUCUAGAGUGUUGAAAGUUUCCAAGAGCACAGUGGUCUCCAUCACUGGGAAAUUGAAAAAAUGUGGAACUACCCAGACUGCCUAGAGCUGGCCGUCUGACCAAACUGAACAACCGGGCAAGAAGGACCUUGGUCAGGGAGGUGACCAAGAACCCAAUGACCACUCUGACAGAACUACAGAGUUCCUUGGCUGAGAUGGGAGAACCUGCCAGAAGGACAACAGUCUCUACAGCACUUCACCAAUCUGGGCUUCAUGGGUGAGUGGCCAGACGGAAGCCACUCCUGAGAAAAAGGCACAUGACAGCACGCCUGGAGUUUGCAAAAAGGCAUGUGAAAGACUCUGAGAGCAUAAGGCAAAAGAUUAUGUGGUCUGAUGAGACAAAAAUGUAACUUUGGGCCUCAAUGCAAAGCACUAUGUCUGGAGAAAACCAGGCACAGCUCAUCACCCGUCUAACACCAUCCCUACCGUGAAGCAUGGUGCGGGAUGCUUUUCAUCGGCAGGGACUGGGAAACUGGGAAACUGGUAAGGAUAGAGGGGAACAAUGAAUGGAGCCAAAUACAGAGCACCUGCUUCAGAGUGCAAACAACCUUAGACUGGGGCGAAGAUUUACGUUCCAACAGGACAAAGACCCCAAGCAUACAGCCAAAGCAAUGCUGGAAUGGCUUCAGAACUAGAAUGUGAAACUCCUUGAGUGGCCCAGCCAAAGCCCAGAAUUGAAUCUCAUUGGAAAUCUGUGAAAAGACUUGAAGAUUGCUGUUCACCGCCGCUCCCCCAUCUAAUUUAACAGAGCUUGAGAAAAUCCUCAAAUCCAGAUGUGCAAAGCUGAAACCGACACACCCAAGACGACUCAAAGCUGAAACCGACACACCCAAGACGACUCAAAGCUGAAACCGACACACCCAAGACGACUCAAAGCUGAAACCGACACACCCAAGACGACUCAAAGCUGAAACCGACACACCCAAGAUGACUCAAAGCUGAAACCGACACACCCAAGACGACUCAAAGCUGAAACCGACACACCCAAGACGACUCAAAGCUGAAACCGACACACCCAAGACGACUCAAAGCUGAAACCGACACACCCAAGACGACUCAAAGCUGAAACCGACACACCCAAGACGACUCAAAGCUGAAACCGACACACCCAAGACGACUCAAAGCUGAAACCGACACACCCAAGACGACUCAAAGCUGAAACCGACACACCCAAGACGACUCAAAGCUGAAACCGACACACCCAAGACGACUCAAAGCUGAAACCGACACACCCAAGACGACUCAAAGCUGAAACCGACACACCCAAGACGACUCAAAGCUGAAACCGACACACCCAAGACGACUCAAAGCUUUAAUCGCCGCCAAAGAUGCUUCAACAAAGUAGAUGCACUGUAUAUAUUCUGUUUUGUUUGCUGUGAUGUGGUCUUACCUGUCUGUGUGUGUGUAGCCUUGUCUAUGAUAGCAGUGAUGUUUUCUAUGGGUCCUGAUUUCUCUACUCUACUGUGGUUGUUUGUUUCAGUUACUGCAGGGUUGAUUUUAAAUCCUAAUGUUUCAUCUGCUGUGCCAGGCUUCGAUACUGCGACCAAAACAGUAGAAUUUGCGACCGUUUGACUUGGCAGUGCGACACACGUUUUUAAUUGUUCGCAAGGGUGUCAGUGUUUUUUUUUUCUUCUUCUUAUUUUUUUUAACCUGGUCACGUUAUUAAAAAUUAAAUGUAUCAUGCUUUAUUCAAACAGUAAUGUGCAACUGCCAAAAAAGAAACUAACUUUCUGAAGAGGCAGCAACGACACGGCAAUGCCCCGUCUGUGUGUGCCAGGACAUAGCCUACAGGGGACGUUUUGGAAACCCCCAUUUCCUUUCAUCUAGGCUCUUCAAUAGUCAUCGACGUUGGCAGCCGAUUUUUAAAAAAUAGUUUUACUGCUCCAAAAUAAUUAUUCUGUGAUUUUCAUUUCUGAUCAGUUUGUUUUCCCACCAUUUCAGUUGAAGGGUGUUGCGCUAGUCUGUUGCGGUAAAACCAUGUGUGGUUAUUAUGAGUAAGACAACAUCAAAUGUUGGCUUCAACUUGGUUUUCCAUACAAAGCGUUCCAUUACAAAGGGAACCCGGUUUUUGGUCACUUUCUCAUUUUAAAACAUGAUACAAAAACCCCUCGACAACUCUUCAACAUCUCAAAUGGCGAGACUGACUAGCUACCACAUGGACAGACUUCAUUAGUGUGUUUGUGUUGGGAGCAGGCUGAGAUUGUCGAUGCGUAAUGCCGCUGGGUAGCCUCGAUGCGUAAUGCCGCUGGGUAGCCUCGAUGCGUAAUGCCACUGGGUAGGCCUCGAUGCGUAAUGCCACUGGGUAGGCCUCGAUGCGUAAUGCCGCUGGGUAGGCCUCGAUGCGUAAUGCCGCUGGGUAGCCUCGAUGCGUAAUGCCGCUGGGUAGCCUCGAUGCGUAAUGCCACUGGGUAGGCCUCGAUGCGUAAUGCCGCUGGGUAGCCUCGAUGCGUAAUGCCGCUGGGUAGCCUCGAUGCGUAAUGCCGCUGGGUAGCCUCGAUGCGUAAUGCCGCUGGGUAGCCUCGAUGCGUAAUGCCGCUGGGUAGCCUCGAUGCGUAAUGCCGCUGGGUAGCCUCGAUGCGUAAUGCCGCUGGGUAGGCCUCGAUGCGUAAUGCCGCUGGGUAGCCUCGAUGCGUAAUGCCGCUGGGUAGGCCUCGAUGCGUAAUGCCGCUGGGUAGCCUCGAUGCGUAAUGCCGCUGGGUAGCCUCGAUGCGUAAUGCCACUGGGUAGGCCUCGAUGCGUAAUGCCGCUGGGUAGGCCUCGAUGCGUAAUGCCGCUGGGUAGGCCUCGAUGCGUAAUGCCGCUGGGUAGGCCUCGAUGCGUAAUGCCGCUGGGUAGCCUCGAUGCGUAAUGCCACUGGGUAGGCCUCGAUGCGUAAUGCCACUGGGUAGGCCUCGAUGCGUAAUGCCGCUGGGUAGGCCUCGAUGCGUAAUGCCGCUGGGUAGCCUCGAUGCGUAAUGCCGCUGGGUAGCCUCGAUGCGUAAUGCCGCUGGGUAGGCCUCGAUGCGUAAUGCCGCUGGGUAGCCUCGAUGCGUAAUGCCGCUGGGUAGCCUCGAUGCGUAAUGCCGCUGGGUAGCCUCGAUGCGUAAUGCCGCUGGGUAGGCCUCGAUGCGUAAUGCCGCUGGGUAGGCCUCGAUGCGUAAUGCCGCUGGGUAGCCUCGAUGCGUAAUGCCGCUGGGUAGGCCUCGAUGCGUAAUGCCGCUGGGUAGGCCUCGAUGCGUAAUGCCGCUGGGUAGCCUCGAUGCGUAAUGCCGCUGGGUAGGCCUCGAUGCGUAAUGCCGCUGGGUAGGCCUCGAUGCGUAAUGCCGCUGGGUAGGCCUCGAUGCGUAAUGCCGCUGGGUAGCCUCGAUGCGUAAUGCCGCUGGGUAGCCUCGAUGCGUAAUGCCGCUGGGUAGCCUCGAUGCGUAAUGCCGCUGGGUAGGCCUAUUAAAAUGUAUUAUUGCAUACAUUUUGGGGGAGUUUUUUUUUCUUUCUAUAGGCUAUUACAACAACUAAAUAUAAAACUUAGGUCCUUGAAAAUGUAUAAUUAAGUGCUUGACAAAGUCUUUGAAUUUGACAUUUGCCAAUGUCUGUACGAACCCUGUAGGCUAUAGGCUACUUGCUCAGCCCGCAAAUGAAAGACCAAAUCACCUGCUAUUGUAAUGAUGCAUUAUACGUUUUCCUGUAAGAUCUUGACCCUGAUGUACCUGAAUGUCGAGCCAUGCUGUGUGCGUAGGGCCUGGAUGUCUACCACUUUGUGUAGCCGUUAGCGACGUUAAUGAGACCCUAACCGUUUCUGGGGUAGAUGGAAAGGCAUGCUAUGCUAUGCCUACCUGGAAGAAUCAUGAUCAAUCCAGUGGCCAAUUAUUUUGAAAACUCUUUUAUCACAAGUGUGCUACAGAAACGCCGCUACCCAAACACAACUGUCUGGCUGAAUGAAAGGGUAUCUACACAAAUAAAUCAACAUUUCUCAGAUUUUACCCAGACCUCAAACCAAAGUUUUUUUAUUUUUUAUUAUUAUUAUUAUAUAUAUAUAUAUAUAUAUUUGUUGGUCCUCUGUAGCUCAGCUGGUAGACCACGGCGCUUGUAACGCCAAGGUAGUGGGUUCGAUCCCCGGGACCACCCAUACACAAAAAAAAAAAUAUGCACGCAUGACUGUAAGUCGCUUUGGAUAAAAGCGUCUGCUAAAUGGCAUAUUAUUAUUAUUAUUAUUAUUAUUAUUAUUAUUAUUUAUUAAAAUGUGUGAUUUGGAAAAAACUGGGAGAAAAAUAAAAACUGGGGGAAAUCAGUCUUCCCCUUUUUAUAUAAUAUGCCAUUUAGCAGACGCUUUUAUUCAAAGUGACUUACAGUCAUGUGUGCAUAAAUGUUUACGUAUGGGUGGUCCCGGGGAUCGAACACACUACCCUGGCGUUACAAGCGCCGUGCUCUACCAGCUGAGCUACAGAGGACCCUUUUUUCUUAUUUUGUCUUAUUUUUUUGCGUUUGUUUUGGUAUCAAGUAAAACCUUUUCUAAUUAUGCCCUCUAGAGGACUUUGUAGAAAAGAACACAUGGAACUGAAAUAUGCAAUAAAUACAUUUUGCCCUUUAUUUGAACUUUAUUGAACUGUGUUUCUUUGCUGUUACAGUAAAUCUAUCCAAAUCAAUAUAAGAACACAAGGGCAUGCUAAUUUAAAAGAUGGCUAGUCAUUAUUAGCCUGGUUCUGUAUGGAAUGCAGGGACAUUAUGGAAUGCAGGGACAUUAUGGAAUGCAGGGACAUUAUGGAAUGCAGGGACAUUAUGGAAUGCAGGGACAUUAUGGAAUGCAGGGACAUUAUGGAAUGCAGGGACAUUAUGGAAUGCAGGGACAUUAUGGAAUGCAGGCCAGGUUAUUAUCAAUUCUAAAAGAUAUUAUAAAACAAUUGGUGCGAAUCAAAUCAUGUGCUAGUGCCACCAGUGGAGAAUUUAGUGUAUAACAUGUUUUAUAAUGAGUGUAGACCCCUGACUGUGGUCUCGUUGUGUUUUCAGUGUUACGCGAGCAGGAGAAGAACUGGCCGUGUUAUGAGUGCAACCGACGCUUCAUGAGUUCAGAACAGCUGCAGCAGCACCUCAACAUGCACGAUGACAAACUGGACUACGUCACCAGGUAACACGCACGAUGACAAACUGGACUACGUCACCAGGUAACACGCACGAUGACAAACUGGACUACGUCACCAGGUAACACGCACGAUGACAAACUGGACUACGUCACCAGGUAACACGCACGAUGACAAACUGGACUACGUCACCAGGUAACACGCACGAUGACAAACUGGACUACGUCACCAGGUAACACGCACGAUGACAAACUGGACUACGUCACCAGGUAACACGCACGAUGACAAACUGGACUACGUCACCAGGUAACACGCACGAUGACAAACUGGACUACGUCACCAGGUAACACGCACGAUGACAAACUGGACUACGUCACCAGGUAACACGCACGAUGACAAACUGGACUACGUCACCAGGUAACACGCACGAUGACAAACUGGACUACGUCACCAGGUAACACGCACGAUGACAAACUGGACUACGUCACCAGGUAACACGCACGAUGACAAACUGGACUACGUCACCAGGUAACACGCACGAUGACAAACUGGACUACGUCACCAGGUAACACGCACGAUGACAAACUGGACUACGUCACCAGGUAACACGCACGAUGACAAACUGGACUACGUCACCAGGUAACACGCACGAUGACAAACUGGACUACGUCACCAGGUAACACGCACGAUGACAAACUGGACUACGUCACCAGGUAACACGCACACACACACACAGUAGUCAACAGCUGAAAUGCUUCGCUCACCUAGUCCCUGCAGUCUUCUCUUAGACCUGGAAAACAGAGUUUGUCAGAAUUUGGUAAAAAAUGUGUUUUGUAAAAAGCAUAAUUGAUUGAUUUAAUUGAAUGAUUGAUUGAUCGAUCGAUCGAGGGAUUGACUUUAACCUGUGUUUCUGCAGACCGAAGGGGCGUGCUCGUGGGCGUGGCAGGAAGAGGUUUGGGACAGGAAGGAGACCGGGUCGCCCCCCUAAAUUCAUCCGGUUGGACCCUUCGGUGGCCACGGCAGGGGACAAGACACCGGUACGUAGAACUGUGUAACAGUCAUGGUUUACUUUUAGGCACACCGUCCCCUAUUCCCUAUGUAGUGCAUUACUUUUAACCAGGGCCUGUAGUGCACUAUGUUGGGUAAAGGGUGCCAUUUGGGACACGUCAAAGAGUCCUAAGGUCCAUAGACAAAAGGAGGGAUAACACAUCUCUGUCUCCACACUGAUAGACCUGUAUCUGAAUGUCUCUGUCUCCAUACUGAUAGACCUGUAUCUGAAUGUCUCUGUCUCCAUACUGAUAGACCUGUAUCUGAAUGUCUCUGUCUCCAUACUGAUAGACCUGUAUCUGAAUGUCUCUGUCUCCAUACUGAUAGACCUGUAUCUGAAUGUCUCUGUCUCCAUACUGAUAGACCUGUAUCUGAAUGUCUCUGUCUCCAUACUGAUAGACCUGUAUCUGAAUGUGUGUGGUCACAGGAGCUGCUGGGGCUCGUAGGGAAGCUGCCCUAUGAGGAGAGAUCCGACGGUGCUCUGAACCAUCUCAAGGUGGUAGAGCUGGAGGGGGAGGGGGAGGGGGAGGGGGGGUGGAGGGUUGGAGACAGAGGCACAACUAGACCCCCCUGGAGGGGACCUGGCCCCCGACACAGAAACAGACUCCCCACCCACCACCACCACCACCGACCCCCCCCUACCCCCCAUCAAAGAGGACCCGUCCCAGAGCAGCGCCCCUGCCCCAGCAGAACCUCACCUCAGCCUCACCCCCCAGGACAUUCGCCGGGCCAAGAGGAUACGGGUAAGACUGGGGAGGGAGAGGCCCUGUGCUGUGUUCAGUAGCGAAAUGGGAGAAAACUUUUGAAAUGUAAAAGAAAAACAUUCAGGUAGCAAAAAAAGUUUUCUCCUGUUUAGUGCCGACUGAACGCCACCCUGGUCUGUAGUGUUAUCAGUAGUCAUGCAGCCCUGGUCUGUAGUGUUACCAGUAGUCAUGCAGCCCUGGUCUGUAGUGUUACCAGUAGUCAUGCAGCCCUGGUCUGUAGUGUUACCAGUAGUCAUGCAGCCCUGGUCUGUAGUGUUACCAGUAGUCAUGCAGCCCUGGUCUGUAGUGUUACCAGUAGUCAUGCAGCCCUGGUCUGUAGUGUUACCAGUAGUCAUGCAGCCCUGGUCUGUAGUGUUAUCAGUAGUCAUGCAGCCCUGGUCUGUAGUGUUAUCAGUAGUCAUGCAGCCCUGGUCUGUAGUGUUACCAGUAGUCAUGCAGCCCUGGUCUGGUAGUGUUACCAGUAGUCAUGCAGCCCUGGUCUGUAGUGUUAUCAGUAGUCAUGCAGCCCUGGUCUGUAGUGUUAUCAGUAGUCAUGCAGCCCUGGUCUGUAGUGUUACCAGUAGUCAUGCAGCCCUGGUCUGUAGUGUUAUCAGUAGUCAUGCAGCCCUGGUCUGUAGUGUUAUCAGUAGUCAUGCAGCCCUGGUCUGUAGUGUGUUACCAGUAGUCAUGCAGCCCUGGUCUGUAGUGUUAUCAGUAGUCAUGCAGCCCUGGUCUGUAGUGUUACCAGUAGUCAUGCAGCCCUGGUCUGUAGUGUUAUCAGUAGUCAUGCAGCCCUGGUCUGUAGUGUGUUACCAGUAGUCAUGCAGCCCUGGUCUGUAGUGUGUUACCAGUAGUCAUGCAGCCCUGGUCUGUAGUGUUAUCAGUAGUCAUGCAGCCCUGGUCUGUAGUGUGUUACCAGUAGUCAUGCAGCCCUGGUCUGUAGUGUUAUCAGUAGUCAUGCAGCCCUGGUCUGUAGUGUUACCAGUAGUCAUGCAGCCCUGGUCUGUAGUGUUAUCAGUAGUCAUGCAGCCCUGGUCAGUAGUGUUAUCAGUAGUCAUGCAGCCCUGGUCUGUAGUGUUAUCAGUAGUCAUGCAGCCCUGGUCAGUAGUGUUAUCAGUAGUCAUGCAGCCCUGGUCUGUAGUGUUACCAGUAGUCAUGCAGCCCUGGUCUGUAGUGUUAUCAGUAGUCAUGCAGCCCUGGUCUGUAGUGUUAUCAGUAGUCAUGCAGCCCUGGUCAGUAGUGUUAUCAGUAGUCAUGCAGUGUAUAGAGGCCUAGUCUUGACAACAGUAUAUUUCUCUCUCUCAUCUUAAUGCCUUGCCCCUCAAAGAUGGACGUGCAGGUAGGUUGGGGCUUGGAGGAUGGAAGGGUAGCUGUUAUCUCCAUGGUGUUCACGUGACAUCUGAGCAAACCGUAGGCCUGCUCCAUCCUCCAUUUCUGUGGCCAUGAAAAACUCCUGGACCUAUCCAUUACAUCUGUCCAGUCCUCCCUGCUUCAGUGGAAUGCUUUUCAGAGUCUGUGCUCUGUUUUAUGUAGAAACCCAAGUUGUCUAUUCAAAGCGUUGUGUCCUCUCUCCUCCUCCAGAAUGCGGCCCUGCAGCACCUGUUCAUCAGGAAGUCGUUCCGGCCCUUUAAGUGUACCCACUGUGGUAAGGCCUUCAGAGACCAGGACAAGCUGGAGAUCCACCUGAGAGUCCAUGGCCGUGACGCCUACCUGUCCUGUCAUCACUGCAGUACGGGACUCCUUCCUGUUUUUAAACACUCUGUCCGCAUCCCAAAUGGAACCCUAAAUAGUGCAGUGAACUACGUUUUGACCAGAGCCCAUAAAGGGGCACCUAUAAGGUUUAUAUCCUGUGAAGACAAAAGACACUACAGUUUCUGUUUUUUCUUCUUCUUCUGCUUAAGAUAAGGGUUUCCUGUCCCACGGUGCGUUGGAGGACCAUCUCCUGCUUCACUCAGAGCACCGGACCUACUCCUGUCUGUUCUGCACCGACACCUUUGAUCGCCUGGACCUGCUGAAAGAACAUGUGGGAGGACAUGCUGUAAACGGGUGCUUUAUAUGUCCCUCCUGCAAGAAGGUCUUCACCGACUUCAUACAGGUUAGAGAUUGUGAUAUCCCUGUUAUCCAUACACACACACACACACACACACACACACACACACACACACACACACACAGUCUUCAGACUUCACACUGAGUGUACAAAAUAUUAAGAACACCUUCGUAAUAUUGAGUGGCACCCCCUUGUGCCCUCAGAACAGCCUCAAUUCGUCAGGGCAUGGGACUCUACAAGGUGUCAAAACGUUCCACAGGGAUGCUGACCCAUGUUGACUCCAAUGCUUCCCACAGUUGUGCCAAAUUGGCUGGACGUCCUUUAGGUGGUCGACCAUUCUUGAUACACGGGAAACUGUUGAGCGUGAAAAACCCAGCGGCGUUAUAAUUCUUGACACAAACUGGUGCUCCUGGCACCUACUACCAUACCCCGUUCAAAGGCACUUCUAUCUUUUGUCUUGCCCAUUCACCCUCUGAAUGGCACACACACAAUCCCCAUGUCUCAGUUGUCUCAAGGAUUUAAAAUCCUUCUUUAACCUGUCUCCUCCCCUUCAUCUACACUGAUUUAAAGUAGAUUUAAUCGGUGACAUCAAUAAGGGAUCAUAUCUUUCACCUGGAUUCACCUGGUCAGUCUGUCAAUGUUUUGGACACUCAGUGUAUAGAUGCCGUGCACUCUCCUCUCCUCUCCUCUCCAAUCCUCUCCUCUCCUCUCCUCUCCUCUCCUCUCCUCUCCUCUCCUCUCCUCUCCUCUCCUCUCCUCUCCUCUCCUCUCCUCUCCUCUCCUCUCCUCUCCUCUCCUCUCCUCUGAUCCCCCUGUAGAUGGCAAUGGGCGGCAGGUAGCUCAGUGGUUAAGAGCGUUGUGCCAGUAACCGAAAGGUCGCUGGUUCUAAUCCCCGAGCCGACUAGGUGAAAAAUCUGUCGAUGUGCCCUUGAGCAAGGCACUUAACCCUAAUUGCUCCUGUAAGUCGCUCUGGAUAAGAGCGUCUGCUAAAUGACAUAAAUGUAAUGUGUUUUCAGUCAUCUUUACCUGAUCAAAUUAUAGCCACUCUGUCCUAAUCAAUGAACCAAUCAGUAGACGGUACGACAACACUCAAUGGGCAUGGGCCUGUAAGUGGUCUCCCUAACUCCCUCCUGGUCUCGUCUCUCCACCAGGUGAAGAAACAUGUUCGUAGCUUCCACUCUGAGAAGAUCUUCCAGUGUUCAGACUGCGACAAGGCCUUCUGCCGGCCUGACAAGCUACGGCUCCACAUGCUGCGGCACAGCGACCGCAAAGACUUCCUCUGCUCCACCUGUGGAAAGCAGUUUAAGGUGAGAUGAGUGUGUGGGAGCGUGUGUUUUUUUGAUUGUUUGUAUUUGUAUUUAUUAUGGAUCCCCAUUAGUUCCUGCCAAGGCAGCAGCUACUCUUCCUGGGGUUUAUUAUGGAUCCCCAUUAGUUCCUGCCAAGGCAGCAGCUACUCUUCCUGGGGUUUAUUAUGGAUCCCCAUUAGUUCCUGCCAAGGCAGCAGCUACUCUUCCUGGGGUUUAUUAUGGAUCCCCAUUAGUUCCUGCCAAGGCAGCAGCUACUCUUCCUGGGGUUUAUUAUGGAUCCCCAUUAGUUCCUACCAAGGCAGCAGCUAUUCUUCCUGGGGUUUAUUAUGGAUCCCCAUUAGUUCCUGCCAAGGCAGCAGCUAUUCUUCCCGGGGUCCAGCAAAAUUAAGGCAGUUAUACAAUUUUAAAAACAUUACAAUACAUUCAUAACAGAUUUCACAACAUAUUAAGUGUGUGCCCUCAGGCCUCUACUCUACUACCACAUAUCUAUAACACAAAAUCCAUGUGUACGUGUGUGUGUAUAGUGCGUAUGUUAUCGUGUGUGUGUAUGCAUGUGUCUAUGUUUGUGUUGCUUCACAGUCCCCACUGUUCCAUAAGGUGUAUUUUUAUCUGUUUUACUGGGUUUUAGGGUUUUAUCUACUUUUACUGCUGGCAUGAGUUACUUGAUGUGGAAUGGAGUUCCAUGUAGUCAUGGCUCUAUGUAGUACUGUGCGCCUCCCAUAGUCUGUUCUGGACUUGGGGACUGUGAAGAGACCUCUGGUGGCAUGUCUUGUGGGGUAUGCAUGGGUGUCUGUCAUCCGCAUACAUAGACACUCUGGCUUUACUCAAAGCCAGUGCCAUGUCAUUAGUAAAGAUUGAAAAAAGUAAUGGGUCUAGACAGCUGCCCUGGGGAAUUCCUGAUUCUACCUGGAUUAUGUUGGAGAGGCUUCCAUUAAAGAACACCCUCUGUGUUCUGUUAGACAGGUAACUCUUUAUCCACAUUAUAGCAGGGGGUGUAAAGCCAUAACACAUACGUUUUUCCAGCAGCAGACUAUGAUCGAUUAGGUCAAAAGUCGCACUGAAGUCUAACAAGACAGCCCCCACAAUCUUUUUAUCAUCAGUUUCUCUCAGCCAAUCAUCAGUCAUUUGUGUAAGUGCUGUGCUUGUUGAAUGUCCUUCUCUAUAAGCAUGCUGAAAGUUUGUUGUCAAUUUGUUUACUGUAAAAUAGCAUUGUAUCUGGUCAAACACAAUUUUUUCCAAUAAUUUACUAAGGGUUGGUAACAGGCUAAUUGGUUGGCUAUUUGAGCCAGUAAAGGGGGCUUUACUAUUCUUAGGUAGCAGAAUGACUUUAGCUUCCCUCCAGGCCUGAGGGCACACACUUUCUAGUAGGCUUAAAUUGAAAAUAUGGCAAAUAGGAGUGGCAAUAUCGUCCGCUAUUAACCUCAGUAAUUUUCCAUCCAAGUUGUCAGACCCCAGUGGCUUGUCAUUGUUAAUAGACAACAAUACUUUUUUCACCUGUUCCACACUCACUUUACGGAAUUCAAAAUUACAAUGCUUGUCUUUCAUAAUUUGGUCAGAUAUACUUGGAUGUGUAAUGUCAGCGAUUGUUGCUGGCAUGUCAUGCCUAAAUUUGCUAAUCUUGCCAAUGAAAAAAGUAUUGAAGUAGUUGGCAAUAUCAGUUGGUUUUGUGAUGAAUGAGCCAUCUGAUUCAAUGAAUGAUGGAGCUGAGUUUGCCUUUUUUCCCAAAAUGUCAUUUAAGGCGCUCCAAAGCUUUUUACUAUCAUUCUUUAUGUCAUUUAUCUUUGUUUCAUAGUGUAGUUUCUUCUUCUUUUUAUUCAGUUUAGAUACAUAAUUUCUCAAUUUGCAGUACGUUUACCAAUCGGUUGUGCAGUGAGACUUAUUUGCCAUUGCUUUUGCCUCAUCCCUCUCAACCAUACCAUUUUUCAAUUCCUCAUCAAUCCACUGGGAUUUAACAGUUGUUACAGUCAUUUUCUUAAUGGGUGCAUGCUUAUUAGUAACUGGAAUAAGCAAUUUCAUAAAUGUGUCAAGUGCAGCGUCUGGUUGCUCCUCAUUACACACCACGGACCAACAAAUAUUCUUUACAUCAACAACAUAGGAAUCACUACAAAACGCAGCUAUAUUGUGAUCACUACAUCCAAUGGAUUUGGAUACUGCUUUCUCUCUGCAGCAUUAGUAAAGAUAUGAUCAAUACAUGUUGAUGAUUUAAUUCCUGUACUGUUUGUAACUACCCUGGUAGGUUGACUGAUAACCUGAACCAGGUUGCAGGCACUAGUUACAGUUUGAAGCUUUCUCUUGAGUGGGCAGCCUGAUGAAAGCCAGUCCAUAUUUAAUUCACCCAGAAAGAAUACCUCUCUUUUGAUAUCACAUACAUUAUCAAGCAUUUCACACAUGUUAUCCAGAUACUGACUGUUAGCACUUGGUGGUCUAUAGCAGCUUCCCACCAGAAUGGGCUUAGGUGAGGCAAAUGAACCUGUAGCCAUAUUACUUCAACAGUAUUUAACAUGAGAUCCUCUCUAAUCUUCACAGGAAUGUGGUUCUGAAUAUAAACAGCAACACCUCCACCAUUGGCAUUUCUAUAUUUUCUGUAAAUGUUAUAACCUUGUAUUGCUACCACUGUAUCAUCAAAGGUAUUAUCUAAGUGAGUUUCAGAGAUAGUCAGAAUAUGAAUGUCAUCUGUUAUUAGCAAAUUAUUGAUUUCAUGAACCUUGUUUCUUAUGCUACAUACAGUUGAAGUCGGAAGUUUACAUACACUUAGGUUGGAGUCAUUAAAACUCGUCUUUCAACCACUCCACAAAUUUCUUGUUAACAAAGUAUAGUUUUGGCAAGUCGGUUAGGACAUCUACUUUGUGCAUGACACAAGUAAUAUUUCCAACAAUUGUUUACAGACAGAUUAUUUCACUUAUAAUACACUGUAUCACAAUUCCAGUGGGUCAGAAGUUUACAUACACUAAGUUGACUGUGCCUUUAAACCGCUUGGACAAUUCCAGAAAAUGAUGUCAUGGCUUUAGAAGCUUCUGAUAGGCUAAUUGACAUAAUUUGAGUCAAUUGGAGGUGUACCAGUGGAUGUAUUUCAAGGCCUACCUUCAAACUCAGUGCCUCUUUGCUUGAUAUCAUGGGAAAAUCUAAAGAAAUCAGCCAAGACCUUAGAAAACAAUUUGUAGACCUCCACAAGUCUGGAUCAUCCUUGGGAGCAAUUUCCAAACACCUGAAGGUACCACGUUCAUCUGUACAAACAAUAGUACGCAAGUAUAAACACCAUGGGACCACGCAGCCGUCAUUCCGCUCAGGAAGGAGACGCGUUCUGUCUCCUAGAGAUGAACGUACUUUGGUGCGAAAAGUGCAAAUAAAUCCCAGAACAACAGCAAAGGACCUUGUGAAGAUGCUGGAGGAAACCGGUACAAAAGUAUCUAUAUCCACAGUAAAACGAGUCCUAUAUCGAAAUAACCGGAAAGGCCGCUCAGCAAGGAAGAAGCCACUGCUCCAAAACCACCAUAAAAAAGCCAGACUACGGUUUGCAACUGCACAUGGGGACAAAGGUUGUACUUUUUGGAGAAAUGUCCUCUGGUCUGAUGAAACAAAAAUAGAACUGUUUGGCCAUAAUGACCAUUGUUAUGUUUGGAGGAAAAAGGGGGACGCUUGCGAACCGAAGAACACCAUCCCAACCGUGAAGCACAGGGGUGGCAGCAUCAUGCUGUGGGGGUGCUUUGCUGCAGGAGGGACUGGUGCACUUCACAAAAUAGAUGGUAUCAUGAGGAAGGAAAAUUAUGUGGAUAUAUUGAAGCAACAUCUCAAGACAUCAGUCAGGAAGAUAAAGCUUGGUCGCAAAUGGGUCUUCCAAAUGGACAAUGACCCCAAGCAUACUUCCAAAGUUGUAGCAAAAUGGCUUAAGGACAACAAAGUCAAGGUAUUGGAGUGGCCAUCACAAAGCCCUGACCUCAAUCCUAUAGAAAAUGUGUGGGCAGAACUGAAAAAGCGUGUGCGAGCAAGGAGGCCUACAAACCUGACUCAGUUACACCAGCUCUGUCAGGAGGAAUGGGCCAAAAUUCACCCAACUUAUUGUGGGAAGCUUGUGGAAGGCUACCCGAAAUGUUUGACCCAAGUUAAACAAUUUAAAGGCAAUGCUACCAAAUACUAAUUGAGUGUACAGUGGGGAGAACAAGUAUUUGAUACACUGCCGAUUUUGCAGGUUUUCCUACUUACAAAGCAUGUAGAGGUCUGUAAUUUUUAUCAUAGGUACACUUCAACUGUGAGAGACGGAAUCUAAAACAAAAAUCCAGAAAAUCACAUUGUAUGAUUUUUAAGUAAUUAAUUGCAUUUUAUUGCAUGACAUAAGUAUUUGAUCACCUACCAACCAGAAAGAAUUCCGGCUCUCACAGACCUGUUAGUUUUUCUUUAAGAAGCCCUCCUGUUCUCCACUCAUUACCUGUAUUAACUGCACCUGUUUGAACUCGUUACCUGUAUAAAAGACACCUGUCCACACACUCAAUCAAACAGACUCCAACCUCUCCACAAUGGCCAAGACCAGAGAGCUGUGUAAGGACAUCAGGGAUAAAAUUGUAGACCUGCACAAGGCUGGGAUGGGCUACAGGACAAUAGGCAAGCAGCUUGGUGAGAAGGCAACAACUGUUGGCGCAAUUAUUAGAAAAUGGAAGAAGUUCAAGAUGACGGUCAAUCACCUUCGGUCUGGGGCUCCAUGCAAGAUCUCACCUCGUGGGGCAUCAAUGAUCAUGAGGAAGGUGAGGGAUCAGCCCAGAACUACACGGCAGGACCUGGUCAAUGACCUGAAGAGAGCUGGGACCACAGUCUCAAAGAAAACCACUAGUAACACACUACGCCGUCAUGGAUUAAAAUCCUGCAGCGCACGCAAGGUCCCCCUGCUCAAGCCAGCGCAUGUCCAGGCCCGUCUGAAGUUUGCCAAUGACCAUCUGGAUGAUCCAGAGGAGGAAUGGGAGAAGGUCAUGUGGUCUGAUGAGACAAAAAUAUAUAUUUUUGGUCUAAACUCCACUCGCCGUGUUUGGAGGAAGAAGAAGGAUGAGUACAACCCCAAGAACACCAUCCCAACCGUGAAGCAUGGAGGUGGAAACAUCAUUCUUUGGGGAUGCUUUUCUGCAAAGGGGACAGGACGACUGCACCGUAUUGAGGGGAGGAUGGAUGGGGCCAUGUAUCGCGAGAUCUUGGCCAACAACCUCCUUCCCUCAGUAAGAGCAUUGAAGAUGGGUCGUUGCUGGGUCUUCCAGCAUGACAAUGACCCGAAACACACAGCCAGGGCAACUAAGGAGUGGCUCCGUAAGAAGCAUCUCAAGGUCCUGGAGUGGCCUAGCCAGUCUCCAGACCUGAACCCAAUAGAAAAUCUUUGGAGGGAGCUGAAAGUCCGUAUUGCCCAGCGACAGCCCCGAAACCUGAAGGAUCUGGAGAAGGUCUGUAUGGAGGAGUGGGUCAAAAUCCCUGCUGCAGUGUGUGCAAACCUGGUCAAGACCUACAGGAAACGUAUGAUCUCUGUAAUUGCAAACAAAGGUUUCUGUACCAAAUAUUAAGUUCUGCUUUUCUGAUGUAUCAAAUACUUAUGUCAUGCAAUAAAAUGCAAAUUAAUUACUUAAUAAUCAUACAAUGUGAUUUUCUGGAUUUUUGUUUUAGAUUCCGUCUCUCACAGUUGAAGUGUACCUAUGAUAAAAAUUACAGACCUCUACAUGCUUUGUAAGUAGGAAAACCUGCAAAAUCGGCAGUGUAUCAAAUACUUGUUCUCCCCACUGUAUGUAAACUUCUGACCCACUGGGAAUGUGAUGAAAGAAAUAAAAGCUGAAAUAAAUCAUUCUCUCUACUAUUACUCUGACAUUUCACAUUCUUAAAAUAAAGUGGUGAUCCUAACUGACCUAAAACAGGGAAUUUUUACUAGGAUUAAAUGUCAAGAAUUGUGAAAAACAGAGUUUAAAUGUAUUUGUCUAAGGUGUAUGUAAACUUCCGACUUCAACUGUAUGUAACGUGGGCUAUUUUGAGCACUUUUCUUCUGGGAUGCUUCUGUUUAUUGCUUUACUGGGAAGCUUAGCAGCAGUAGAUGUGCUCAUGUUCUUUAUGUUAGUGCAGGGUGAGCUGCACACAGUGGCCUUCCUCCUCGGGCACACCGGCUCAGUGCUAACAGUAUCAAUUUACAUUUACAUUUUAGUCAUUUAGCAGACGCUCUUAUCCAGAGUGACUUACAGGAUCAAUUAGGGUUAAGUGCCUUGCUCAAGGGCACAUCGACAGAUUUUUCACCUAGUCGGCUCGGGGAAUAGAACCAGCGACCUUUCGGUUACUGGCACAACGCUCUUAACCACUAAGCUACCUGCUGGUUCUUAGGCACAUGAUCACUACACAACAGCUGCAGGAUCAGCAGAGGCAUUCAGGGCAGCUUGAGGGACAUACAUUAGGUUAUUUAUAUUGCGUCUACUGACGCCCCUGGUGUAAUGUACAUUUGCUGAAGCGUUUUGACAACUCUGCGCCACAAUGGUGUGGGUUUGUGUGUGGGUUUGUGUGGGAGCGUGUGUGUGUGGGAGCUCCACCUCUGGAAAACAGUUACGGAGCCUCAGUUGAGUGUACGGAGCCUCAGUUGAGUGUACGGAGCCUCAGUUGAGUGUACGGAGCCUCAGUUGAGUGUACAGUGCCUCAGUUGAGUGUAUGGUGCUUGCUCUGCAGACGGUUGUGUGUGCUUCAGUCUUGUCAGUCUCUCACCCUCUCCUAUCCUCUCUUUCUCUCUCACCUCUCCUAUCGCUCUCUCCCCUCUCUCCCUAACCUCUCCCUCUCCUCUCUCCCUCACCUGUCCCUCUACGCUCUCCUCUGUCCUCCUCUCCCCCGCUCUCUCUCACCCUCACCUCUCUCUUCCCUCACCUCUCCCUCUCCUCUCUCUCCCUCACCUCUCUCCCCUCUCUCCCUCACCUCUCUCCCCUCUCUCCCUCACCUCUACUCUCUCCCCUCCCUCCCUCAACUCUCCCUCUCCUAUCUCCCUCACCUCUCCUUUCUCCCCUCUCUCCUUCACCUCUCACUCACCUCUCCUAUCUCCCUCUCCUCUCUCUCCCCUCUCUCCCUCUACGCUCUCCUCUCCUCUAUCCUCUCUCCUCUAUCCUCCUCACCUCUCUCUUCCCUCACCUCUCCCUCUCCUCACCUCUCCCUCUCCACACCUCUCCCUCUCCUCACCUCUCCCUCUCCUCACCUCUCUCCCUCCCUCCCCUACCUCUCUCCCUCCCCCUCACCUCUCUCCCUCACCUCUCCCUCUAUACGCUCUCUCCCUCACCUCUCCUCUCCUCCCUCCCUCUCCUCUCCCUCUCCUCUUGUCCUUCUCCCCUCUCCUCUCCCCCCACGCCUCCCUCCCCUCAGCGGAAGGAUAAACUGAGAGAGCACAUGCAGCGUAUGCACAACCCAGAGCGUGAGGCUAAGAAGGCGGACCGUAUCCACCGCUCCAAGGCCCUGAAGCAGAAGGUUCCCACCACAGACUUGGAGAGCUUCAUGUUCAAAUGUCGCAUGUGCAUGAUGGGCUUCAGACGCCGAGGUAUGCUGGUGAGUACUGAUACUGACUUAUAUAUAUAUAUAUAUAUAUAUAUCUGUGUGAUUAUAUACACUACAUGACCAAAAGUAUGUGGACACCUGCUCGUCCAACAUCUCAUUCAAAAUCAUGGGCAUUAAUAUGGAGUUGGUCCCCCCUUUGCUGCUAUAACAGCCUCCACUCUUCUGGGAAGGCUUUCCGCUAGAUGUUGGAACAUCGCUUCGGGGACUUGCUUCCAUUCAGCCACGAGCAUUAGUGAAGCAUUAGUCCUGGCUCGCAGUCGGCGUUCCAAUUCAUCCCAAAGGUGUUCGAUAGGUUGAGGUCAGGGCUCUGUGCAGGCCAGUCAAGUUCUUCCACACCGAUCUCGACCAACCAUUUCUGUAUGGACCUCGCUUUGUGCCCGGGGGCAUUGUCAUGCUGAAACAGGAAAGGGCCUUCCCCAAACUGUUGCCACAAAGUUGAAAGCGCAGAAUCGUCUAGAAUGUCAUUGUAUGCUGUAGCGUUAAGAUUUCCCUUCACUGGAACUAAAGGGCCUAGCCCGAACCAUGAAAAACAGCCCCAGGCACAAUAACAGCACUUACAGUUGACUGGGGCAGCUCUAGCAGGGCUAGAAAGGUGGCAUCCUGUGACGGUGCCACGUUGAAAGUCACUGAGCUCUUCAGUAAGGCCAUUAUACUGCCAAUGUUUGUCUAUGGAGAUUGCAUGGCUGUGUGCUUGAUUUUUAUACCCCUGUUAGCAACGGGUGUGGCUGAAAUAGCCGAAUCCACUAAUUUGAAGUGGUGUCCACAUACUGCUGUAUAUAUAGUGGAUGUCUGUGUGUGUUUAUAUAUCUGUGUGUGUGUGUGUGUGUGUGUGUGUAUAUACAGUGCAUUCAGAAAGUAUUCAGACUCCUUGACUUUUUCCAUAUUUCGUUACAGCCUUGUUCUAAAAUGGAUUCAAUUGUUUUUUUCAUUCAUCAAUCUACACACAAUACCCCAUAAUGACAAAAAUGAAAUAUCACAUUUACAUAAGUAUUCAGAUCCUUUACUCAGUACUUUGUUGAAGCACCUUUGGCAGCGAUUACAGCCUCGAGUCUUCUUGGAUAUGACGCUACAAGCUUGGCACACCUGUAUUUGGGGAGUUUCUCCCAUUCUUCUCUGCAGAUCCUCUCAAGCUCUGUCAGGUUGGAUGGGGAGCGUUGCUACCACAGCUAUUUUCAGGUCUCUCCAGAGAUGUUCGAUCGGGUUCAAGUCCGGGCUCUGGCAGGGCCACUCAAGGACAUUAAGAGACUUGUCCCGAAGCCACUUCUGUGUUGUCUUGGCUGUGUGCUUAGGGUCGUUGUCCUGUUGGAAGGUGAACCUUCGCCCCAGUCUGAGGUCCUGAGCACUCUGGAGCAGGUUUUCAUCAAGGAUCUCUCUGUACUUUGCUCCGUUGAUCUUUCCCUCGAUCCUGACUAGUCUCCCAGUCCCUGCCGCUGAAAAACAUCCCCACAGACUACCGUGUAGCUCAGUUGGUAGAGCAUGGCGCUUGCAACGCCAGGGUUGUGGGUUCGUUUCCCACGGGGGGCCAGUAUGAAAAAAUGUAUGCACUCACUAACUGUAAGUCGCUCUGGAUAUGACUAAAAUGUUUGCUAAAUGACUAAAAUGUAAAAAUUGUAAUGAUGCUGCCAACACCAUGCUUCACCGUAGGGAUGGUACCAGGUUUCCUCCAGAUGUGACGCUUGGCAUUCAAGCCAAAGAGUUCAAUCUUGGUUUCAUCAGACCAGAGAAUCUUGUUUCUCAUGGUCUGAGAGUCCUUUAGGUGCCUUUUGGCAAACUCCAAUCGGGCUGUCAUGUACCUUUUACUGAGGAGUGGCUUCCAUCUGGCCACUCUACCAUAAAGGCCUGAUUGGUGGAGUGCUGCAGAGAUGGUUGUCCUUCUGGAAGGUUCUCCCAUCUUCACAGAGGA